UUUCUGUUUUAGAAAUUGCCCUACAAUUGGGUCUUGGCACUAUGUUUAUGAAUACAUUCUUACAGGUGAAUGUUGAGUAUAUAUUCUAGUGUCAAUUAUAUAUCGCAAUUUAUUAAUGAAUUUUCUUCUUCCCUUUUUAGGUGUUUAAAAUGUAUUUUCAAGGAUUUACAUUUGUAGGUGGUCCUUUGCCUUUGUAUUAUUGUAAACCAUAGUAAUUAAAAAGCAACUAUAUAAUGAAUACAGUUUUCUAAUUGUAUUCAGUGUGUUUAUCUUUUAUAAAUUUAAAUUACACUUACAUAUAGUUAAAACAAUUUUACAUAUUAUAAACAUUUAACUGUGAGGGGUUUACAGAAUACAAACGGCUUCCAGGCAAAAUGUGAUGUUUAGUGAACAACCCUGUCAGACUUUAAUUUGCUACAAUUUAAAGUUUAGUGAAUAAGUGAUCCAGAGGAAGGCGAAAAAACUUGGACAUAUCAUUAUUAAUAUUAAAUAUGUCCAAGCAAAAAAUUCCUUCCUGACCCCAUAUUAAGGCAAUCGGCUUCAAAAAUGUCCCUGGAUCUAUAUUAAACCUGUCUCAUAUCUUACUCAUUUAUAAUCACCCCAUCCCUUUAUACAUUACCAUCCUCUUCAAAUCCUGUUUAGGUCUAUGUGACAGUAAUACUGCUUGACAGACUUCAUGCUAGGAAACCAAAGACAUUGAAAUAUUAGCAUUGUCCAGUAUUAACCUGAAAUUUCCAGUUUGUUGUGAUAAUAGAUAUAAAAUCUGAUGAGUACCUGUUUACGGUGUAGUCCUAGCUAAGCACUGACUGGCUUCAGAAGGUGCAAGCCUUUGUUAUCAACCUCAGCUUAUUAUGAUGUAAGAUGUAAUGACAUCACUGUUAGUUGCAACCUUACCAGCAAAUGGCAUGGGAUUUUUAUCUACUGAUACAGUUUGUACAUACAAAUUAAAAUCAUACAGAGAAAAUCAUUUGUUUUUGUUUUUUUUAUUCUCAUUUUCUAAUUCUUUUUUUUUUUAGUUCAAAUUAAUUUAGUUAAAAUGAUCAUAAUUGUUUUAAUUGGGUUUUUUUUUUCAAUAGGAACAAUAUAAGUAUUUGCAAUAUAAGUAUCCAAAGACAAAUCAAUGUAACUCUUCAAAUGUAGACCAAGGAAAAUCAUCUAUAGUUCAUAAUGUCUGGCUGCCGUGGGACUUCCGUAGCAUAAAGUUAUAUAUUUAUUAUGAUUUUCUAAGUGAAUCAGUCCUUUACAAUUUUCUCUGACAGCCCAUCUAAUUCACAAGACUUUCAGCUAAUUUUAUGUUAAAAUAGUAUAUAUUAGAUACAUAUACUUUGUAUUUAAUAUGAUGCCCCCGUGCCCUUUAAAAGAGCAUUUACAUAACAUAUUAGCAAUAAGUAAAAAAUAAUCUUGUUUUCUUAAAUGAUAAUAGCCACUUCUCUGGAAAUUACACCAUUAACACUCAUCUAUAACUCAUGUUAAAAUUUGAAUUACAUUUAUAACAAUGAUACAUGGUUAGCCAAGAUGGAGGGGCCAAAUUCCAGGAUAAAUUUAAAUACAGUGGUUUGGAUUUUAACAUUCAAUGCUAUUUUGCCUCACAAACACAGCAUUUCUAAAUAAAGCGAAUAGGCAAUUAUAUUGUUAAAAAUCCUGGUGAGAGCUCCCCUUUAGUCAGCAAUUUUGAUAUGCAGAUUUGUUAAAAGAAAACUCUGGGCACCAUAACAACUUUUUUAAAGUUAAGUUUUUAUGGUGCCAAGAGGUCUUUUAUAAUGGCUCUCCUUUCGAGAUUAAAACGUCCAUGAACAGUUUAACCCCAAAGACGUCUCUCCAGUGUAUGUUCAGUCUGCACCCUCCAACAUCCACUUGCUGGAAAGAUUUAAGACAGAAGCCUAGGACUGCCACAGGCGGCUCUAUUAAUUGACUUAGAUGAGUUAACUCUCAGUUAUGUUGUUAUGGUACCCCUUUAAACUUUACUUUACUGAGAAGAAAGAUGUUCAGUCAGUUGCAUUGUGUAGGAAAUGGGGGCAUGAGGGGUUAAUAUUCCCCCAGAAAAUCGAAUGAGAGGUUGGGAGGGGUAAAACUCCCCAGUCAUGGCGAUGAUGCAGUUUUUUAAAUCAUGCUUUACUGUUUAAGAAAGGUGAGAAUAAACAAAAUAUAUUUGAAAGGUGUUGGUUAUCUAUUCCACUUAGCUUUUAAAAUAACUACAUUUCAACUAUAUGUAAAAAUAUAAUUGGAAAAACCCUUUUUGAAUAUUUUAUUUUUUUUGUGUGAGAAAUUGCAUAUUUAAAAUGUGAAGUCUGGCGUAUACCCAAUUCUAAUAAUAACCUUCCCAGUGUAUCAUUUUACCGAUAGCAAAUUACAUUAUUUAACAUAUGCUCCCUAUUGGUCUAAAAGUGUCCCCACCAUCUUCACAAUGUCCCUUAUGUUUCUCUGCCAUCCUCCCCAAUAUCCCCCAUCACUCACACAGGGUUAUUUACUAAAGAGAUAAUUCAAAGUGAAUUUCAAAUUUAUGGCUAGAGUAGCCAAACUGAAAGCAUAGAUAACUGAAACUUUUCCAGUCUCAUUUUAGUGAAAAAAAAAUUCAAAUUUUUGUAACUAACCCAAGUGGCGGAACUACAGGGGCCACUGAGGUCGUAAGUACCUCCUAGGAGGUUGCCAACUUUGCACUAAGGAAGAGUAGGCACCUGCUUACUCUGCCUAAAUAUAGUGUCCGGGGGGAGAAUGGAGGCAAUGACAAGGGAACUGCAAUUUUCAUUCUCUUCCAGCACUGAGAGGGAGUACUCCAGGAACAACAUGAAGAUUAUACAAUCCCCACACUGGACCCCAGGGAGAGCAUCCACUCCAGUAGGGAGGUUGGCUGGACUUGAAUAAAAAUGAUUUAAAAAUAAUAAUUUGCGAGAGAAUGUUUGUGUGUUUGUCAGUGAGUGUGCAUCUGAAAGUGUGUGCUCUAUUUAAGUAUCGGCAAUGGGGGAACCUAUUUGCCUUGAAGAGGCGCCUGACGGGCGAAAUGAGCAUCGGGGCUCGGCACCAUACACUACUGUGGCGUUUAUAUCAAGUAGAUAAUAUGGCUUCAAUAAAAUAUAGUGAUUUGAUGGCCAAGUUAUGCCUGGAAGCCCUUUGAUAUUGGUUACAAUUUUCAAUUCAGAUAGAUAGUUUAGCAUCUCUUUGUGUUUAAAGACACUAUAGUCACCAGAACAACUACAGCUUAAUGUAGUUGUUCUCGUGUGUAGUGUAUGUCCCUGCAGCACUGAUGUUCAGCGUCUCCACACUUUGCAUGGAGGCGCUAAACGUUCCUCAUAGAAAUGCAUUGAUUCAGUGCAUCUCUAUGAGGAGAUACUGAUUAGUGCAGUGUGGCAUUUUGCAGGCACAUGUGCAAUAGCCUUCCAAGUAUUGGAUUGGCUGAGAUUGUUAAUUUUGAUUAUCUCAGCCAAGAGGGUAGAGCCACCUGCGGCAGACUUGUGCGACGCUAAAAUACGUACUUUUUAUAAAUCAUUUUAAUGGGGGGAGGGGGAUGUGUAGGGGCUGAGGACCUAAAAUGAUUUUAUACACGUUUGUAUGCCUGACACUAUAUUGUUUUUUUAAGCUUAGGUCCCCUCGAAAGGUACAGUUUCUAGGUUAUUUAGAAUUUGAGAUUAUAUUAAUUUUAUUUUUCCAUAAUACACCAGAGUUUAUUUACUUUGAGGAGAUUACAAUUUGCAUCCUAUGAGAAUAUUUAUAAUUAUCCUAUGGUGUAACAGUUUUUGCUACAAUUAUCCCAGUAAAAUGACACAUUGUGGUGGUUUACCAUUGUUAUAUCCUUUUAAUCAGCUUGGUGACUUUUUUAAAGCUGAUAUCUCUUGUAUGUAAUGUUUGUUCUGUUUUAUGUUUCCACCUUGAGUAUUUGGUUUUAAUCAAUAUAGUAAAAGUUACGUUUUAACUUCUUCUUGGGUAGCUAUUUAGCUCCAGGACUAUCUUUUUGGUUUUACUAAGGUUGUACUAGGGGUUACUUCCCCUCUGACCUGUAACUCUCCUUUUGAGCUCUAUUACCAUUUGUUCGUUAUUAGGGACAGGUGGCACAGUGUUCAGAAACAUCCCCCUCCUUUUGUCACUCAUGGAGUUCCCUGGCUUUAUAUAUAUAUUAAUUAUAUCUUUGAGUAAGUUCCAUUGCUUAAUCAGUUAAUCAGCCCCCAAAAAUUCUUGCACCAGUUUCCUCUCUAUUUUAGUUCCGCCACUGAGUGUAGUUGUACAGGAAGGGCGCAGAGUAGUCACCGGUAAUAGCUGAGAUCGCAGACAGGUGAGAUUAGAGAUCUCUACAGCUGUUUUUGAUCAAGUUAAAGAAUAUUUCUAUAAGGCUGUGGAAGGUUAUGACUAUGAGGUUUGGUAGAAGAUAGUUUUAAUUAAUGCAUGGACAUUAGUAUGUGUAUGAAUGCUAGUGUGUCACACAGGGUUAUUCACUGAAGGGAGAAUUCAAGGUGAAUUUAAAUAAUAAUUUUAUAAAUCCGGAAUGCUUUGAGUUCAGCUACUCUGGCUUUAAAUGUGAAAUUCACUUUGAAUUCUGACGUCAGUAAAUAGCCCUUUAUGUCUAUAGAGUCUAUACGUAUUUGUGCCAGUGUUUGUCUUUGUAUGCAUGCUAGUUUGCGCCCUUGUAUGUGUGUUGCUAACAAGGUUAAUGUGUGCAGUAAGUUAUUCACGAGUAGUUAAAUAUAUUUGUGUUUUCUUGUCCAUGAGGGGGGCCUGUACAAUAAUCUCGCCAAGGGCACUGCAGGUAGUAAAAGUGACCCUGGUUGUGGCUGUCGGAUACCAUGUGCCUUCUGUAAUGUUCAGUGUAUGCAUGUUAUUAACUAUGCUUGUACACUAGUCUUUUUUUUUUUUUUAUGAGAAUAUUUUAUCUCAUUCUAAAUGAGAAACUAUUAGCAGUGGACAGAAUGUGGGCAGCUCUGACUCAUCAUCUCAUUCUACAGCUCACGUCACCUGUGACACAAACCCUUCCAUUCUGGCUUGACAACUGUCACUGUUUGGUAAGUAUGGUAUUUAACCACAGGGCACUGACACGAAAUCUAAGUUAAUAUUAGAUUUAAAGGGACACUUCAGUCUGGAUAUGAGUCUAUAAUUUUUUUCAUGCUUAUCUUAUUUAGAUAACAUAAUGCAAAACAAUUAAGUAAAUAAACCAUAUACUCACUUUUGACCUUAUUGCAUUUGUUGCUAAUUCCCAAGCUUUACAGGAUUUACAGUGAUCUCAGACCAGGAAAUGACUUAACCAAUCAGUAUGUUACUAUUAUUUUCAUUGAAACUGAGCAUUUGGUUUAUGAGAUAUAUAGUGGAGCACUUGGCAGUAAUUCCAUUCAUCAUAUGAAUUAAAUAGGAUUGCUGCCUAAACUGACAGCUGGAGUAAGCUGUGUAGGAGUCAGUCAGAGGAGUUGGGGAUUUGUAUAGCAAGUGCACACCAUACACAUUUUUAGAAGGACAGAGGAAGAGCUAUAACUGCCAUCAAUAAGGGAAAGGGCCUGACUGGGAAAAAAAUUUGGCCCGGGCAUUUUUCAAUCACAGCGGCCCCCUGAGAAGGGGGCGGGGCCAGAGAGGGUAGGUUUUGUCAUCACUAAUGACAAGCACGACCCUCUCAAAGUGAGCACGUUGGUUCAAUGCGCAGAGCCCCGCUGAAGAGCUCUAGCAUGAGAAAAGGGCCCUGUGUUUGUUCUGCGCAGUGCAAGCAAAUGUAACAACAGCUUGUGCUGUGUUUUCUUUUAACUUGUCUCUGGUAUCUCCAUAAGUGGGAUACCAGAGGACAAAAGGGCCAGGAAAGCGUAUUGUGUAUGUGUUUGGAGCCUGCUUGUGGGAUGGCGUGUGUGUAGAGUGAGCGGAUUGUGGUGUGGUAUUGUGUAAAUAGAUCGAUUUAAUUUGUGUUUGUGGUGUAAUGUGUGGCUAUGGACUGUAGAGAGUGUGUGUAUAGAGGCUGUAGAGAAUGUGUGUAUAGGGGGCAUAGUGUGUAUAGGGGAUGUAGCGAGUGUGUGCAUAUGGGCUGUAGUGGGUGUGUGUGUAUAUAGGUGACGUAGUGUGAGUGUGUGUGUAGAGAAUGUUGUAUGUGUUUGCUUACAAGGAAGGCAGUGUGUGCAUAGGGGAUCCAGAGUUUGUAUGUCAGGAAUGUAGUGUGUGUAGGGGAUCUAGUGUGAUAAGGACCCAGAUUGUGUAUAGGAGAUUGUGUGUGUGUAGAGGAUUCAGAGUGUAUAUAGGGUAAGGGAUCUAGCGUGUAUCUGAAGUGUAAUGUGAGUAGUGGUGCAGUGUGAGGGGUUCUGUAGUGUGUGUGUGUGUAUAUAUAUAUAUAUCUCUUUGCAAACAGGUAUCAGCACUCUCGGGUUUUAAAAGUCCAAAAUGAAUUAGUUCAAGGUGAAAAAACGCUCAACGUUUCAGUCCUGCACAGAGGACUUUCAUCAGGAUCAUUUUGAUCCUGAUGAAAGUCCUCUGUGCAGGGCUGAAACGUUGAGCGUUUUUUCACCUUGAACUAAUACAUUUUGGACUUUUAUAACCCGAGAGUGCUGAUACCUGUUUGCAAAGAUGGAUACUACUAGCCAUGGUAUGCCAGCACUUUAAAGCGUGAGUGCAAGAGCAAUUUUUCUCUUUUUAUAUAUAUAUAUAUAUAUAUAUAUAUAUAUAUAUAUAUAUGUUUGGACAUAUUGUAUGUGUGAGGGGUACAGUGUGUUGGGUGUGCUGUGUGUAUGUGUGAAGGGUGCAGCAUGUGUAAGAGGGGUGCAGUGUGUGUGUGAGGGUGUUCUUAUCUGCCGUCACAUUCUAUGUUUCAAAUUUUCUUUGUCUGUUAACUCACUGAGGGAUAUUUUAUAUAUUAUAUAUGUGGGUGUUGGGAAUAAUACACUUUGCCUAUAUUUACCCAGGGCUUAAGAUACAGAUGACAGGAUGUUCAGUCUGUUUAAAACUGGUUAACAUGUCAGCUAUUUGCAAUAAUAUAUUUUAUCUAUAUUCAAUGCUUAGUGAAUAUUCUCCUAGACAAUAAAGAGCUGUAUAAUAUCAUGGAACUGUCACUAGUCUAAUACUAGCCUUACCUUUUUGUGUCAUUUUACCCCACUCCCUCUAGCAUGUAAGCUCAUUGAGCAGGGCCCUCAACCCCUCUGUUCCUGUGUGUCCAACUUGUCUGGUUACAACUACAUGUCUGUUCGUCCACCCAUUGUAAAGCGCUGCGGAAUUUGACGGCGCUCUAUAAAUAUCAUAAUGAUAAUAAUAAUAAUGUAACAAGUAAUAGGUGUUAUAUGUUGAAGAACAUCAUGUGUGUGUGUGAGGGUGCUGUGUGUGUGUGUGUGUGCUGUGUAUGUGUCUGUGUGUGUGUGUGUGUGUGUGUGAAUGUUUAUUUAAAUACGUAUACAUUUUUUUUUAUUUAAAAAACAAAAAUGUUAUAUCCCCUCCUCACUUCUUACCUUUAGCCUGGGAGGGGCGGGAGAGGGGGGGUGGGAGGGGGGCGUACUGCAAUGGCCAUCUCUGGUGGUCUUAGAGGGGAAUGAACUAUAGCCUGUAGGGCUAGAGUUCACUCUUGCACAAUCUGAGCAUUGGCCCGGUAUGCCCGAUGACCAGUCCAGGCCUGCUGAGGGGAGUGGCUUAUAUCAAACAUAAUAUAAUUUUGCACUUAUAUAUAAAGCUGUGUAGGGAGACAACGACAAGGAACCUUGUGGAACCUUUUCAUUUAACACUUAUCUGGUUUUAAAAGUAUACCCUUACUUAGCCUGCUAGAAAUGAUGUUCCAAGUUCUUUAAAUCUCAAUGUUAUUAUUUACAAAAUACACCGUAUUUGUUUGUUUGAAAAAGUUUAUUAUCCUAUAUGUUCUAAACAUAAUCUCUUUUUGUACCCCAAAUGUAAGCAAAAUAAUCUUAAGGCAAGCUAGCAGAGCUGUAUUGCAGUUUAACUCACAGAGGCAUUUGGCCUGAUUGUUGUGUUCACUGGUCACUUUAUAUUUAAAUUGAUGUCAUAAAGUGAUGAAUGCAAAUGAAAAAGAUGUGUUCUCUUUUAGUUUUCUGAAAAAUAAAUAUAGCUGCACUCUGACAUUGCCUCUGGCUAAUUAAGAUUCAGACGAAUUCUUAGUUUCAAGAUAAUGCACACUGUUUAGUUUUUAGUUUUUUGUUUUUUUCAGUGCAUACAUUCUUCUAUAUAAUUUAAUUUAUGGGUUGUGUGGUGAAAUGGUGUUUUCAAUGUCAGAACAUAGAAUGUAACAGCAUAUAAGAACCAUUCGGCCCAUCAAGUCUGCCCCAUUUUCUAAGUACUUUAACCCCUUAAGGACCAAACUUCUGGAAUAAAAGGGAAUCAUGACAUGUCACACAUGUCAUGUGUCCUUAAGGGGUUAAUGUGUCCCUGGCCUUAUCUUAUAGUUAGGAUAGCCUUAUGCCUAUCCCAUGUGUGCUUAAACUCCCUCACUGUGUUAACCUCUACCACUUCAGCUGGAAGGCUAUUCCAUGCAUCCACUACCCUCUCAGUAAAGUAAUACUUCCUGAUAUUAUUUUUAAACCUUUGCCCCUCUAAUUUAAGACUAUAUCCUCUUGUUGUGGUAGUUUUUCUUCUUUUAAAUAUACUCUCCUCCUUUACUGCCCCUUUAUGUCAGGUUUCCCCAAACUCCGGCCCUCUAGAUGUUGCUGAACUACAACUCCCAUGACUCCAAGCCUAUCUAUUUCAUUCAUAGAAUCAUGGGAGUUGUAGUUCAGCAACACCUGGCAGGCCGGAGUUUAGGGAAGCCUGCUUUAUGUAUGUAAAUGUUUCUAUCAUAUCCCCCCCCCCGUCUCGUCUCGUCUUUCCUCCAAGUCCAAGCUAUACAUGUUAAGAUCCUUUAACCUUUCCUGGUAAGUUUUAUCCUGCAAUCCAUGAACCAGUUUAGUAGUCCUUCUCUGAACUCUCUCUAAAGUAUCAAUAUCCUUCUGAAGAUACGGUCUCCAGUACUGUGUACAAUACUCCAAGUGAGGUUUCAUCAGUUUUCUGUACAAUGGCAUGAGCACUUUCCUCUUUCUACUGCUAGACAGCUAGGGAGGCUGGAUUAACCCUGCAGUGUAAACAUAGCAUGCUAUGUUUUCAGCUGCAGGGUUAAAACUAAGUAGAACCUGGCACCCAGACCACUUCAUUGAGCUGAAGUGGUCUGGGUGCCUAUAGAAAACAGAGAAACUGCUAUGUUUACACUGCAUGGUUAAUCCAGCCUCUAGUGGCUGUCUGGCUGUCUCCCUGACAGCCAUUAGAGGCCGCUUCCGCGAUUUUCCGCGAUUUACAGUAAAUCACACUUAUUUGACGCUGGACGUCCUCAUGGAGUCCAGCAUCAAAUAAGAUCCCCAUAGGAAAGCAUUGAGUAAUGCGUUCCUAUGGGCGGGUUUGAAUGCGUGCACACCUCUGGCCGCGCAUGCACAUUCGGCUCCACGUGGGAGCCCACGUCGGUGGGGGAGGAGAGGUCACCAGCACUGGCUUAAGGUAAGUGGCUGAAGGGGUUUUAACCCCUUCAGCGCCGAGGGAGGGGGGCACUCCAAGAGCCUAUAGUGGCAGGAAAACGGGUUUGUUUUCCUGGCACUAUAGGAUUCCUUUAACCCGUUAUCUCUAAGUAUAAUACUAAUAUCCGUUUUAUCCGAGACAGACAGGAUUAUUCCCUAAAGUUAGAAUUGUCUGAAACUGAAUUCAAAGUGAAUUUCAAAUUUUAGACCAAAAUAGCCAGAAUAUUUUCAAUCCAGCUAUUUUGACCUUAAAGUUGAAAUUCACUUUACAUUUCUAACAAUUCUCAGAGAAUAAUGAUUUAAUGGCAUCUUGACAGCAAUGUUUUUGAAAAUUGCAGCACAUUAUUAUUACAGUAAUAUUAAUUUCUAUUCAGAAACUGGAAUUCUCUGUUUUUUUAUAUGCAUCAUUUCAGAUUGUUGGGUUAUGUCCCAUUUGUCAUAUUAUAAAAGAAGAUGGCAAAGAAAAUGGAAAAUUAAAUCUUAUUGUGAAAAGUUAAAAUAUAUUUUUUUCUACUCCGCUUUUUCCAGAUUUAUUUUUGUUAGCUGGCAGUCCAGUUAUUAAAGGAAAACCUAAUAAAGGAAAUAAAAUUAUUAAAGAAUCACAGUGCUGAAAAGUUCUGGUCUUCAUUUGAAAUUUAAAAAAAGGAAUAGAAAAAUAAACUGCAGUUAGCGUGUGGACAAAAUGUAUUCUUUUCGUAUCAAUAUUUUUUAUUUUUAUUUUACAAAAUUGACAAUAUUUUCUGCAGUGCUGCACAAUGGCUUCAUGAGACAUACACAUAAGAUCGACACAUAAGAACAAGAGGUGGUGAUGGUCCUGCCCAAAUGGGUUUAUAAUAAUUAACUUAAAUACAAUUUACAGUAUUCACUUGUUGAUGUCUUGUUAUAAAAUAUAUGCAAAUUAAAGUGAACCUCUUAAGGAAAAAAAACGAUUUGCCUUAAAUCGCUUCUAAAAUGAUGUAUUCAGUGUAAAAUAUCGAGGUAUACUCAUUUCACUUUCGUUCCAACAUCAAAAAUCUGAGUUUCGUUGGUGUUACUCUUGUAAAACCCACCACUUGUCGGCCUCUGAUUCUCUUGCUGUCUUUUGUGAUUUGCCUUGCUUGGAGACAGUACCCUAAACAGGGAAACCCUCCUCGCUAUCAUUCUGGCAUCUGAACUGCGCGCUAACAACGUCUGCUCUCCCUUAUCAGUCAAAUUGUCAGCACUGAGUCUAUGCCAAAGUUUUGACUGAGAAGUUGGAGCAAUACCUAUUUUUAGAAAUUUUUUUCCCCAAACUAUACAUUGGCUAGCAAAACUGCAAUGUUCCACUCAUUUAGAGAAUGCAAGACUGUAAAGAUCUGCAAAUGCAAAAUAAGCAGAACAUUAAACACCAGCAUAGGUUAUUUGGAGUCCUUUAAAAAAAACACUCCAACAACUAAACCACUAUUUUUAAAUCUUUAUUUUUGAAGUGUGUCUUCUUUUUAUUUUUCAAUCAGUGCAGAAUUUAGCCUUGUUACCCCCUCCUGGUUGUCAGUCAGUCAACCGGUUCUGUUACUAGAAUUGUGCACAAAUUCCUUUCAGCUGAACAAAAUAAAUGCCACUUAAUCUAUGGCCAAACUAAUCGAUUUGUUCUUAGAAACCUAACUAAUCGAUUUGCUCGUCCAUUGAUUGACAGACAUUUGAUUUGAUCAGUAUGCCUGACAGGGAUUUCUGCACAAGUCUGCCUGUUCCUUCCUGGUAGUUUAGCUCAGUGGACCUAGGCCAGGGGUAGGCAACCUUUUAGCAGCACUGUGCCGAAAUAAGAUUGUGAUGUGCCGUAGCGUGCCGCUCCUAUUUUUUCAAAUUGAGGUGUGCAUGUUGCUGUAUUCUGCUUGUGUUUUUUAUACCGCAGUUGCCUUGUGUCGUUGUAUUUGAGCUAUUAUAUUGUAUAUGUUCAUGAGUGGUUUGUGGUAUUGUGUACCUAUGAAAGUGGGCUGUGUAUGAGGCCUGCUUGUGGAAUUGUGUGUGUGGAUGGAUAUGUCACAUUGUGUAUUUGGUGGUGUGUAUGUGUGGGGCAGUUUGGGGAAUUGCAUGUGAGAGGCUGCAUGUGGGGUUGUGUGCAUGUAUGUGGAUUGUCAGUGGUGUUGAGUUUGUGCAGAUUACGUUUUGUGUUUGUGUGUGGGCUGUUCGUAUUAUUUAUAUGAUGAGAGGGUUAUCCUGCAGCUCUGUGUAUAUCUGGCACUGUGGGUGGCUUUCCUGUGUUCCAGUGGGGACCAGGCUGGCCAGGUACAGCUCAAGGAAAGGAGCUGCAACAGCAGCUACGGGCUACUGUACUACUGUGUGCUGGGAGGAAGUGAUCUGAGCUCACUUCCUCUAUGUGCUGCAAUGCACAAAUUGAGUAUUGUCCUUCACCAUCUUUUCGUAUUAGCAGAUAUCUGAACUUUCACUGGGACUCCUGAUAGGCCAGAGCCUGUUUGGCUCUAGCAGCCUUGAGUGUCAUACAAAGGCACCUCAAGUGCCAUUGGUUGCCUACCCCUGUUCUAGACUCAAGAGGCAGCAAUCACACAGAGCACCUGCCUUGCAAAGACCUCUCCCUUUCAUGCUCAGCCUAGACUUUAUGUGGUUGUCCAAUCACAGACUACCCAAAGCAGCUCAAUGACUUGCCAAUGCUGCAGACAAGAGACCUGCAGCUUUUCCAAACUGUUUUAGAUGUACACCCAAUUAGAAAAAUAUGAAUGAUUAAAUGCAUGCUUGUUUUCAUUGGGAGAAUAUCUAUUAAAUAGUGAUUUUGUUUAUUUUUUUUGUGUGAUGGAGAUACUUAUGUUUUGAUGGGCAUCCUAUGUGAAAUGUGUAAAAUAAAGAUUUUUAAAUCAUUUUAAAAAAAAAAAAGAUUUAUAAGGCAUUAUAGAGUAUGUUAUAUAGUAACUUUAGGAAAUACCGCAUUUUAUUUUUAAAAAUAUAUAUUUUUUAAAAGUAUUUGUACUUGUAUUUUUAUUCGAUCUUGACAUUUGAUGAAAUAUUCUGUUUGCAGUGACUGGUGAUAGGGUGCUAUUCAGGGCAAGUCUCACCGAGUUAUUUACUAAACCUGGAAAUUGUUGGGAAUUUCACAAUUUAGACCAAAAGUGCUGAAUUAGAAAGAAAACAUUUAAAAAAUCCACAACUUUGAUAAACUUCCAUGUUGGCUAUUUUGGUCUAAAAUUUUAAAUCCACUGGAAAAUCCCCCCCAAUUUUUAGUUUCAGUGAAAAAGAAACACGGAUGAAACAUGUUUAACCCUUUAGUGUCUGAUUUUUAUUUUUUUAAAUUUGUAACUUCAGCUGUUUUGGCACUUUUGCUAGGUGUAUUUUUUCCCACUGUGUGUAAUAGAGGUCACCAAAUCUAAGAAUGCUACAUAAAAGGAUAUAUUUUAGAAAAAGAAAGGAAACAGUCCAAUAAUAUAGGUCUGCUAUAAAGAUAAAUGGAAAGAAUAAACCAAUGCACUUAAAGGGACUCUCCAGUGCCAAGAAAACAAACUGUUUUCCUGGCACAGCAGGUCCCCUCUCCCUCGCACCCCCCAUCCCAAGUUGCUGAAGGGGUUAAAACCCCCUCAGUGACUUACCUGUAUCCAGUGCCGAUGUCCCUCGGUGCUGGUUCAGGGAACGCCCACGCUCCCCCCCCGCCAACAUCAUCCGGCGGAGGAGACCUAUUGCGCGUGCUCAGCUGGGGAGACCUAAUGCGCAUGCGCAGCAAUGCCGCGCAACUCACAUUAAACGCCCCCAUAGGAAAGCAUUGAAAAAUACUUUCAAUGCUUUCCUAUGGGGAUUUCAGAGACGUUGGAGGUCCUCACAUAGUGUGACGACGUCCAGCGAUGCUAUAGCACACGGAACCUGUGCUAUAAACCCGGAAGUGCCCUCUAGUGGCUGUCUAAUAGACAGCCACUAGAGGAGGAGUUAACCCUGCAAUGUAAAUAUUGCAGUUUAUGAAAACUGCAAUAUUUACAAUUGCAGGGUUAAGGGUAGUGGGAUUUGGCACCCAGACCACUCAAAUGGGCAGAAGUGGUCUGGGUGCCUGGAGUGUCCCUUUAACAUUUUCCAGAAUUAAAAAUUAGCUUGAGUAUAUAUUUGAGCAGUAUAAUUAGGAUAUGUAAUGGAAACAAACAGAAAAGAUAGGAUGCUUUAUAGUGUAGUAGGUUCUUAGUAAGCAAUUGCCAGUAUACGAUAAUGACACACUCCCAUAUUAUAGAGCCUUACACAGCUCUGCUGUGAUAGCAUGAAGUGGAAUAAUCUCAUCUGUGGAAUGGUGGUUCUUACAGACAUCCUCAACAUUUAUAUGCCGAAGAAAAUUCACUGUAAGUAGAGAAAUUUUAAAAAAAACAAUUUAAAACGUAUAAAAGUUAUGAAGAUAUUUUUAUAUUGGACUGUUUCCUUUGUGUUUUUCAUAUCCUCUCUGGACUGUUGUGGCGCAACUUCCUUUUGUUCUUGAAAUUAUCUCAUCUUUGGCCUGGAAGAGAUGUCCCUAGCUUGGCUCUUUUGUUUCCUAUCUAUCUGUACCAACAAACUUUAUAAGCACGUUACCAUUUAUUUAUUGUACAGAAGUAGUGAUGUCCCGAAUGUUUCGCCACGGACUCAUCAUUGAGUAAACUUUGACCCUGUACCUCACAGUCAGCAGACACAUUCCAGCCAAUCAGCAGCAGACCCUCCCUCCCAGACCCUCCCACCUCCUGGACAGCAUCCAUUGUGAAGCUGCAUUCUUAGUGAGCUGUCCAGGAGGUGGGAGAGUCUGGGAGGGAGGGUCUGCUGCUGAUUGGCUGGAAUGUGUCUGCUGACUGUGAGGUACAGGGUCAAAGUUUACUCAAUGAUGAGUCCAUGGCGAACCGUUCGCGGUGAACCGUUCGGCACAUCACUAUACAGAAGGAUAUAUAUUUGCACCAUCCACUGUGUUUAAUUAAGAGCAAUUGGACACAUUACCUAUGUUUAUUUAGUUUUACUUAUCUUAUUAACCUCUUAAGAAGCUUGUCUUACGCUUAAUGACACAAGCACUUUUUGCUGUAUGCGUUCAACUGCAAUUUGCAUCUCUCUCGUUUAUUGCACCGACACAUAUUAUAUACUGUUUUUUAAAGGACAGAAAGGGCUUUAAUUUGAUGUAAUAUAUAUAUAUAUAUAUAUAUAUAUAUAUAUAUAUAUAUAUAUAUAUAUAUGCUUAUUUAUUAUGAAAAAAAUACAGAAAUACAGAAAAAUGCAAAAAAAAAAGAGAAAUUUUGUGGGGUUUUUUUUACAGUUUUUGCAAUAAUAAUGUGUGCAUAAUUAGUGCAGGUUAAGAAAAGUAAUUAAAAAUAAAUUUAUUUAGUUGUUCUGAUUUACAGAAUAUAUAAUGUGUCUUGGAUUUUAAGUUUUUUUUGGUAGUUACAGGUCACAAAGCACAAGGAGUAAAAUAAACUUUUAAUGUGGAGCGAUUUUAGAAUUUGGUAUGUUUGUCUUGUAAGCUUAAUAGCCAAAAAAGAAAACAAAAUUGCCACACAGAAGUAUAUAUUUAUAUAAAGUAGACAUCACAGGCUAUUGUCCUAAGGUUGUUUCGACACUUUCUACGUAGCGAUUUCACCGACAAUCUCUGCUAAAUAUUGGAGUAAAAUUUAGUUUUUGGGGGUUUUUGGCACACAAACUUAUAACAAAGAACUGUUAGAAAAAAGGAGAGAAAACACUACCUAAGAACAUAUAUAGUUUAAAAUUUAACUUUUAAUAGUGAACGGAAUAUAGAGUGAUAAUUUCACAUAUUAAAUCUUGAUAAGUCUGUAUAUAUAAGUACACCCAGAUAUAUAAGAAUAAUAUGAAAAAAUAAUCUUAUUUUUUCAUAUUAUUCUUAUAUAUCUGGGUGUACUUAUAUAUACAGACUUAUCAAGAUUUAAUAUGUGAAAUUAUCACUCUAUAUUCCGUUCACUAUUAAAAGUUAAAUUUUAAACUAUAUAUGUUCUUAGGUAGUGUUUUCUCUCCUUUUUUCUAACAAUACUUACAUUUAGGGUUAACCCCUUCACUACCUAUGUACUUUAUUCCUACAUUAGGCUUUCACUUUGUUUAAUUUAUAACAAAGAACUUCUCAUGUGUAUUUUGUAAAGUUGGUGUGUGCUAUAUCUGUACAAAGUUUUAUUUUGUGUUCAGUUACUUCUGCUGAGUACAACGAUAACCCCAUUGUGUGUCUUUGGCACUAUUUCGUGAAGCUACAGUGCCAUAGAGGAGACCUGUCCGUUUCAACAUUUACUGUAGAAUUUUGAGAGGCGGGUUUAAUGGGCCUAUGCUUCAAUUUGGGGUAUUAUAGCAGUUUGACUGUUCAAAAAAACCCAACAAAAGGCCUACCAUUUGUAAAAGUAGACACUCCAGGGUAUCUCAUAUGGUGCAUAUCGUGCCUUAACAUGCCCCCAUUUUUUCACCAAUAUAUGCCAAAGUAUGUGGUAAAAAAUAAUUUUGGGCAUUUUUUAAAUACGGAUUACAUUUUUGCUGGGCAUUUUGUACAUUUCGUAUGUGCCACUAAGUUCAAACCCCCCAAAUUAUGCUCAGCUAAGUCUUAUGAGUAAAACAAUAUGCCCAAUGUAUGACCUAGACACUAUUUUCUGAAGUUACACUGCUGUAAAAGAGACGUGACAAGUUAAGGUUUUUAAGUGUGAAUUUUCAUGGAGGGUUUUGAUGCGUCCGUGUCCCACUUUGAAGCACUUGAGCAGGCUACAUAUUACAACUACACCAUAAAGGUAUACCAUUUCUUAAAGAACACAUCCCAGGGUAUUUCAAAAGGCAUAUUUUGAACCUUAGCGUGGGAUAAUUUUUCCGCUAGCUUGUACCAAGUGUAGUGGUAAUAAGCGGGUUUUUUCCCCGCCUUUUUGACACACAAAGUGAGUUUGCACAGUAUAUUUUGCAAAUCGUAUGUGUGCUACGACUGUAUAAUACUUCAUAUGUUGCUCAGCUAUGUCGGCUGAGUACAGCAAUACCCCCUUAUGUACCUUUGCCAGGUAUAUGUGGACAUUGAAGGAGCACAUUUGGGACACAGUCAUUCCAGUUCUUUUCAAACUUUACAUUUUUACACUGUGCCCAUGUCCCAUUUUAGAGAAUUUUACCAGGCUAUAUAAUCCAAUUACCUCUUAAAGGCAUACCAUUUCUUAAAGAAGACAGGGCAAUUCAAAAGGCCUAUUUUGAACCUUAGCGUGGGAUCAUUUUUCCACUAGCUUGUACCAAGUGUAGUGGUAAUAAGCAUUUUUUAAAUUAGAUUACAGUAUAAUACUAACAGCCUGUCAGAGCGAGCAGCGGUGCUGGGGCAGCGCGAUCCGGUGCUCCUGGUCUGCCUCUAAUGCAGAGACAGACCGGAGCACCGUUAACCCCGCGAUCGCGGCGAUCUGGGGUUAACUUUAGUAAAUGAUGGAAAUGUUCCGUCAACGGUCCUUAACUGAAGGACAAGGUUGACGGAAAAUUUCCAUCUGCAGUCGGGAAGGGGUUAAUCUUCCUCCAAAGAUUGUUUUUUUUUAAUUUUUUUUUUUAAAUCUAUUUUAUUAUUAUGGGGAAUUUUACAGACCUUGCGUGUCUGACAGCCCCAGGGUACAAUCCAUAGCCAGAUUUUUGAGACCUUGUAAGGUCACCCUAUAAACAAUUUAAGUGUACAGAGUUGCAAUUUUUAAUGUUUUACUGAGUCUAUAUCAUCAGGAUCAAACAGAUCAUAUUUUUGUGUCCCGUUCAACUAUACCAGGUUUGUAUUCUGCUGCAUUCCUUCAAGAAGAGUAUAACUCCACAUGUACACCAAGUUUUUAGAGAACUUAUAGAGUCAAAUAAUACCAUGCCUCUUUGGCAUCUUGCUUCACAAAAGACCCUACUUGGUUAAGUGUCAUAGUGUUGACCAGCAUCUUCCAACCAUAACUAAUCCUAUCCCAUGCUGUCCUUAACCUCACAGCCCCGACUAAGUCAGCAUCUCUGGCCCCCCCACCUAAUGGUUGCCCAUGGACAGGGUGCUUCCAAAGCUCAAUCCCUAGAUAGCACAGGGCCAUCUUAGCCGCAUCAUAGGCACCUGGGCAAAGCAGUGCACUGGGGACCUGCCUACACAACCACUCACAGGAAUAAAUGUUUUAAUUAUCAAUAAAAUUAAGCUAAUAUUUAUUGAUACGGCCAACAAAAUCAGUGGUUAAACAAAAAACAAAAAACAUUCUGUACAGCAGAGAUUAAUCCACACACACAUUUGGACAGUAUAACAUAAGCUUUGAAGCUGAAAACCAAGAAAUUCAACAUAAAAAAAAUGGUACUCAGUUGGUAAAUCAUACAGACUGAGAUUGCACAGUAAAAUAUUACUAUGAAUUAUUUAUUAAUCUAGUGUUCAACACAAACAUUUGCAAACUGCUUUAUAAUUGGUUUUAAGUCAGUGGUCUACAGCAGCGCUCCUCAACCCUCUCUUCAAGGCACACCUAACAGUCCAGGAUUUAGGGAUUACCGGGAUGUCUAAAGUGUUUAGAUAAAAAAAAAAAUACAAAAAGUUGAGUGUAAGGUAUUUUUUUUUCUUUUUUCAAACACUGUAGCUACAUCCAGUUAAUCCCUAAAUUCUGGACUGUUAGGUGUGGUUUAUGGAGAGGGUUGAGGAGCACUGGUCUACAGGACAUAAUCUUCAAUACACAUGAAUGAAAGCCUAUAGAGCCCCUAUGCUCGUCUGAUCCCCGGUCCAAUGUGCCCAUGUGUUAAGGUAGCUGUGGAUAGCACUCUUGAAGUGCAAGCAAGUCUAAUGACUGCACUUCAUAGGAAUUUUUGAUGUUCCUACAAGGAAUGAAGUAUAGAGAGCACUUAAGUUCAGAACUGCACCAUGUGGGGCUGUAGUGAGGUAUGCUAGCCAUAUUUUAGUGUUUUUUCAAGCUGAGACUAAAUGAUGGAAGGAAACAAAAAAUUGUGGGGCUAUUCACUGAAGUCACGAACUUAUGGUUAUUUAAAGGAACACUGUAGUCUAGUGGCAUUGCAGGCAGGCUCACCAUAUACUAGUGGUAUUGCAGGCUUACUAUAUACUAGUUAGGCUCACAACUUUAGCUUACUGAUGCAGUUUUAGUGUAUAGAUCAUGCCUCUCAGGUUUUACUGCUCAAUUCACUGCCAUUUAGGAGUUAAAUGAUGCAGCCCUUGCCACACCUCCCUUGAGUCUGAUUGACACAGCCUGCAUGAAAAAAAAAAAAAAAACUGGUUUCACUUUCAAUGAGAUGUAAUUUACCUUAAACGAUUUUAUCUCUUGCUCUGUAACUUGAAUUUGAAUCACAUACAGGAGGCUCUUGCAGGGUUUAGCAAGCUAUUAAGAACAUCUAAAUUAAACAGAACUUGCAAUAAAGAGAGGAUAAACUUUAGAUGACUCUUUACAGGAAGGGUUUAUGGAAGGCUGUGCAAGUCACAUGCAGGGAGGUGUGACUAGGGUUCAUAAACAAAGGGAUUUAACUCCUAAAUGGCAGAGGAUUGAGCAGUGAGGCUGCAGAGGCAUGUUCUAUACACCAAAACUGCUACAUUAAGCUAAAGUUGUCGUGGUGACUGUAGUGUCCCUUUUAAAGUAAAACACAAAUUUUAAGCAGUGCCAGCCAAAUUUUCUAUUUUGUCCUAAAAGUUUAACUUUUCAGUUACAGAUUGGUUAUUUUAGUCUAAAUAAUUUGAAUUCACUACAAUGUGAAGUUUAGUGAAUCCCCCCUCCCCACAUGCUCAGUGUGCCCCUUCUCUUUCAGAAUCCCAGUUCCCAGGUUCUCUCUCUCCCUUGCCAUGUCCCCCCAUUGGCAGCACACAGUGGCAGUAUGGGGGCACUAUGGUAUCUCCUACACCCAGGAUAUCGCUGGCAGCGGGUAGGGCCGAUCCUGUCCUGUCCAUGAUGGGGGGGGGAGGGGAGGAGAGAGGGGGUUUGUAUUGCCGGGCUGUGACAGCAAACCGCGCUGACAGGGAGACGCGCCGUGUGACUGCCGGGAAGUGCCGGGCUCCCGCCCCUUUUAUACUCACUCCCCCCCUCCCCUCCCCUCCCCUUCUCGGAAGCGCGAGCAGCCUGACAGAGGCACUCUGACUGACAGGUGACGGGGCCCGCGUGCGUGCGUCAGGGGGGGAGAAGAGGAGCUCGCGCCACCACUUGCCCUCACGGGAGCUGCCCGCCCACCUUCCAGGAGAGGGGGGGGAACCAUCACACACACACCCCCCCGGCACACCUUGUCCGUCAGCGGCCGGAGUGAGAGGACAGGAGACAGCCACGCCCCCUCCCCACCAGCAGCACUGCGCGUCAUGGUGAGCAUGAGGGGGUCACACACUGUCCCCAGAUACCCCCUCCCUCCCCGGGCAUGUCACCUGCACUGAGUGAGGGGAGGGCGGGGGGGACUGGCAGCUAGCAGCCCUCACCUGUCAUAUUGCCAACAGUGGCAGAGUAUGGAGCUGGUAAGGGCUCCACAGCUGGAAUUACCUGCAUUAAAGUGACAGGAAGUGACAUUAUAAAGGGAGCCUCACCGUAACUUUACUGAGCAAGCAGCUACUGAGCCUGCCUGCAACGCCACUAGUAUAUAGUGAGCCUGCCUGCAACGCCACUAGUAUAUAGUGAGCCUGCCUGCAACGCCACUAGUAUAUAGUGAGCCUACAACGCCCACUGCAACGUAUAUAGUGAGCCUGCCUGCAACGCCACUAGUAUAUAGUGAGCCUGCCUGCAAUGCCACUAGUAUAUAGUGAGCCUGCCUGCAAUGCCACUAGUAUAUAGUGAGCCCGCCUGCAACGCCACUAGUAUAUAGUGAGCCCGCCUGCAACGCCACUAGUAUAUAGUGAGCCUGCCUGCAACGCCACUAGUAUAUAGUGAGCCUGCCUGCAACGCCACUAGUAUAUAGUGAGCCUGCCUGCAAUGCCACUAGUAUAUAGUGAGCCUGCCUGCAACGCCACUAGUAUAUAGUGAGCCCGCCUGCAACGCCACUAGUAUAUAGUGAGCCUGCCUGCAACGCCACUAGUAUAUAGUGAGCCUGCCUGCAACGCCACUAGUAUAUAGUGAGCCUGCCUGCAACGCCACUAGUAUAUAGUGAGCCUGCCUGCAACGCCACUAGUAUAUAGUGAGCCUGCCUGCAACGCCACUAGUAUAUAGUGAGCCUGCAACGCCACUAGUAUAUAGUGAGCCUGCCUGCAAUGCCACUAGUAUAUAGUAUAUAGUGAGCCUGCCUGCAAUGCCACUAGUAUAUAGUGAGCCUGCAACGCCACUAGUAUAUAGUGAGCCCGCCUGCAACGCCACUAGUAUAUAGUGAGCCUGCCUGCAACGCCACUAGUAUAUAGUGAGCCUGCAACGCCACUAGUAUAUAGUGAGCCUGCCUGCAAUGCCACUAGUAUAUAGUGAGCCAACGCUUCAUCUAGUAUAUAGUGAAAUGCCUGCAACGCCACUCAUUAGUAUAUAGUGUGAGCCUGCCUGCAACGCCACUAGUAUAUAGUGAGCCUGCCUGCAACGCCACUAGUAUAUAGUGAGCCUGCCUGCAACGCCACUAGUAUAUAGUGAGCCUGCCUGCAAUACCACUAGUAUAUAGUGAGCCUGCAACGCCACUAGUAUAUAGUGAGCCUGCCUGCAACGCCACUAGUAUAUAGGGAGCCCGCCUGCAACGCCACUAGUAUAUAGUGAGCCCGCCUGCAACGCCACUAGUAUAUAGUGAGCCUGCCUGCAACGCCACUAGUAUAUAGGGAGCCUGCCUGCAACGCCACUAGUAUAUAGUGAGCCUACCUGCAAUACCACUAGUAUAUAGUGAGCCUGCAACGCCACUAGUAUAUAGUGAGCCUGCCUGCAACGCCACUAGUAUAUAGUGAGCCUGCCUGCAAUGCCACUAGUAUAUAGUGAGCCUGCAACGCCACUAGUAUAUAGUGAGCCUGCAACGCCACUAGUAUAUAGUGAGACUGCCUGCAAUGCCACUAGUAUAUAGUGAACCUGCAACGCCACUAGUAUAUAGUGAGCCUGCCUGCAACGCCACUAGUAUAUAGUGAGCCUGCCUGCAACGCCACUAGUAUAUAGUGAGCCUGCCUGCAAUGCCACUAGUAUAUAGUGAGCCUGCCUGCAACGCCACUAGUAUAUAGUGAGCCUGCCUGCAACGCCACUAGUAUAUAGUGAGACUGCCUGCAAUGCCACUAGUAUAUAGUGAACCUGCAACGCCACUAGUAUAUAGUGAGCCUGCCUGCAACGCCACUAGUAUAUAGUGAGCCUGCCUGCAACGCCACUAGUAUAUAGUGAGCCUACAACGCCACUAGUAUAUAGUGAGCCUGCAACGCCACUAAUAUAUAGUGAGCCUGCCUGCAACGCCACUAGUAUAUAGUGAGCCUGCCUGCAAUGCCACUAGUAUAUAGUGAGCCUGCCUGCAAUGCCACUAGUAUAUAGUGAGCCUGCAACGCCACUAGUAUAUAGUGAGCCCGCCUGCAACGCCACUAGUAUAUAGUGAGCCUGCCUGCAACGCCACUAGUAUAUAGUGAGCCUGCAACGCCACUAGUAUAUAGUGAGCCUGCCUGCAAUGCCACUAGUAUAUAGUGAGCCUAGAUAUUACCUACAAUGCCACUAGUAUAUAGUGAGCCUAGUUAUUACCUACAAUGCCACUAGUAUAUAGUGAGCCUAGAUAUUACCUACAAUGCCACUAGUAUAUAGUGAGCCUAGUUAUUACCUGCGAUGCCUCUAGUAUAUAGUGAGCCUAGUUAUUACCUGCGAUGCCUCUAGUAUAUAGUGAGCCUAGUUAUUACCUACAAUGCCUCUAGUAUAUAGUGAGCCUAGUUAUUACCUACAAUGCCACUAGUAUAUAGUGAGCCUAGUUAUUACCUACAAUGCCACUAGUAUAUAGUGAGCCUAGUUAUUACCUGCAAUGCCACUGGUAUAUAGUGAGCCUAGUUAUUACCUGCAAUGACACUAGUAUAUCAUGAGCCUAGUUAUUACCUGCAAUGCUACUAGUUUAUAGUGAGCCUGCCUGCAAUGCCACUAGUAUGCCGUCUGUCUACAUGCAGCUAUGUUAUGUGUGACAUUCCUUGCUUCUGUGAUCCUGAUUUGCAAUUUGCUGGCGAGUCUUCAGAUUAUUGUGUGCACAAUAUGCUGUGAGAGUUUACUUGUUUAAUAUUUAUAUUCCAAACAGACUAUCAUUGAGCAUAUUUUCUAUUUAUUUGAUUCUGUCACUUGUUUACCAUAUCAAGAAACCAUAAAAGUGAAAAUAUUUUCUUACUGGUUGACAAAACGCAUGUAGCAGAUGUGUGUACACAGUCUUCUGACCUGAGGGAUGUGUGACCUUUGCAAUUUGCAAGAUACAGUCAUGAGGGGGUGCCUCCACAAAGCCCUAGCAGAUGCAUUAACCCUACCCUAGUGCCUUGCAGUGCUGGGGACAUCAGGGAUCUUAUGGCAGUCUGAGAAAUGAGCACUUUUAUACAUUGUAAAUGGGGCAUCUGAAAUCUCGCCUCUAUGCUUAGAACCUGUGCAAUGUAUCGGAGUAGACACUGAGAACUGUCAGCAAGGGCUUGCUUCCAAAUCUUUCUCCACUCGACUGAGUUCAUAUUCUAUCACAGUACUGAAAGUAAGCAAGCUGGAUGGAUGCAUUUGUAAUUACAGUGUGUGUUUCUGAAUGUGUAUGAGAGUGCCUGUGUGAGAAACUCUAAAUACACUAUAUAGACAAAAGUAUUGGGACACCUGACUCUUACACCAACAAGGGACUUUAAUGGCAUUGCAUUCAAAAUACAUCGACAUUAAUAUGUAGUUGGUUCCCCCUUUCCAGCUAUAGCAGCUUCAACUCUUCUGGGAAGGCUUUCGACAAGAUUUUGGAAUGUUUCUGUUGGACUUUUUGCCUAUUCAUUCAGUAUCCAGCAUUGAUGUUGAAUGAGAGAGCCUAAAUCACAAUCUUUGCUCCCGUUCGUCCCAAAUGUGUUCGAUGGGUUGAAGGUCAGGGCAGUCAAGCUCUUCCACACCAAACUCAUCUAAUCAUAUCUUCAUUCACCCUUACUUUGUGCACUGGAGCACAGUCAUACUGAAAUAGAAAAAGUAUUUUGUGAAUAACUCCAUGAUUACUAGGUAUACAUCGUUACAUAGUAACAUAGCUGAAAAGAGACUUGGUCCAUCAGGUUCAGCCAUCCUCACAUAAGUUUUUCUGUUGAUCCAAAUGAAGGCAAAAAAAUCUAAUCUGAAGCACUUCCAAUUUUUCAAACUUAAGCUCGGGGAUAUUUUUCACAGCAACACCCUUAGCCUAGACCUGGUUGUUUGGCGGGUUUAACAGCUCCCUCCCCCAGGGAUAGUGGAUGUGUUUGGGCAUCGUUGAAUUUAUAUUCUUAUUAUAAUCCAUUAUUUUUUCUAUUUUGUGUCAACACUUCCAGUUCCAGUUGCUACAUUUUCUCAUCAGUGUAGGGGGCCCAUGCUGUGUAUUUCUUGACUUUGUUCGGGACAACAUUGUUGCUGUUUGUGUGAUACAUUUAUUAUUAUUGCAUCGAUACCAUGCAGAUUUUGUUGCUUUUACAUAUUUAAUAAAUAAUGUACUGUAAAUUUUACAUUUGAUUGAUUUGAUUAUUAUGUUAUAUCAGUCUAGAUGAUCCCAGAGUGAUCAAUCAGAUCUAUAUCAGUUUUGUUUAGCAGUUGCUGUUCUGGAGUACAAUUUUCAAGUAGUGAUGAUUGUCUAUUUGGAGCACUCACAUACCUUUAUUCAUUUAUAAUUAUAUUUAGUGGCUCAUCUGUGACGCAGCCCUCUCCCCCACCCCUUUUAUAGAUGUAUUAUCCAUCCCAUUUUCAGUUACCUUUUUAUAUCUUUUUUCACUUGCCGAAUAUAUUCGUAUAAAGUUAUCAUAUUCCCUCUGAGGCGCUGUUUUUCCAAACUAGAGAGAAACUUUUGCCCUUUGUUUCAUGUAAAACGUCUGGAAAACUGUUUGACACACACCUGGGUGAUUGUGCCCAAAGCCUGCUAGCUCCAUAACCACAACAACUGUCUAUAAUGGUAAUUGUGCUUGGAGUACCUCUUUAACCUGCCCAAAAAUACUGUGAGUAAAAGCUAGGAUGCAGUAGGAAUAAAUAAAAAUGUAGUCACUGAUAUAAUUACCUGUUACUUGAAAACCUACACCUUAAUCUAUGGUUACCUGCUGAUUUGUGUUUUUUGUUUUUGAUCGACACUCUAUGUCCUAUCAUACGUCCUAUCAUAUUUCAUUACCAUAGCCACUCAAUUCCCUUUUUCUUCCUUUUGUAUAUAUGAGAUACAUUGUAAUUUCUUCUUCUUUUUUUGUCAGAUGCAUCACAGGUGUAACUGCAAUUAAAACCAUGGCAUUGAGAAGCAUGUUUGAGAGAUUCAGCUUGGCAAAAAUGAGGAAGUUGAGGAAAAUGUGAGAACUCCACGUGAUGUUACGGUUUCCCUAAGUUUCUAUCCAUAUUCAGUCAGCUGUCUGUGUCCAGGAAUACUCAAUCUUCAGGCAUCCUGUCAAUGGCAACCCAAAAGAGGCGCUUUGUAAAAGAAUUUAAUCCUUACAUCACAUGCUACAUCUGCAAAGGCUAUCUUAUCAAACCAACAACAGUCACAGAGUGCCUGCAUACUUGUAAGUAAUGGCUAGCUAAACACCAUCUGUUGAAUUGAAAAUAAAUGGCCUUUGAGUGUUGCUAUUUUUUAGGUUCAUUAACCCUUCCAGUUUCAAAGCUUCUGACACAGGCUUCAUAACACAGACUCUAGAAAAGAAUAAUAAUAUUAAAUACCAACUGCUCUUACAUAAAAUCAGUUUUGUAAUAUUGCCAAACAUUCAUGUAAGUUUAUUAUCUGUUAUACCACAGAGAUGGUUUUUAUUCGGUUCAGUAUUUGCAACUGAGAAACCCAUAGCAGAGCUUAUAUUUCCUUUGCACUCUGAUUUGUUGUUGUUUUUUUGUUGUUUUUUUAUAUGCAUGUUUGGGGGUGUAUUUUUUAAUUGUAUUUUUUUCUUUAUCAUCCACUCUUUUUAAAGAGGAUCUAAGGAAUGUUUUUUUAUUUAUUUUUUUUAUUUAGAUUUUCUUUAAUUCUACUGCUCAUUGGUCAAUUAUUGAGAUUGAAGAUAACUUGCUUUCUCAUUGGUAUAUUAAAUCAACCUUUGCUGAGUGUAAUUCUACCUUGAACAUGUGUAUUUUGUCUACAUCUGUAAAUAUAACAAUUAAAAUUACGUCUUGCAUGUGAAUUGUUUUAAAUAAUUUGUUCCAGUGGUAACUGGCAAAGUGCAAAAUUCAUUUGAGCGGAUGAGACCAAGGUCGGUUGUCAAAACCUUUUUUAGAUUGUAAGUUCAUUUGGACAGGGUAGUCUUCACCUACAGUUCCCUUAUGUCAAACAUAUUUUGUUAAAAAGGAUUGUCUUGUUUUGUCUAUCUACAGUGUUUCAGAAUAUGUUGGCGUUAUGAAAGUAAAUGCAAUUGAAUACUUACUCUGGUAGAGAGUCAGUAUACUCCUGGCACCAUAACCACUACAGUUGUAUACAUUAUGUCACUUGGAGUGUUCCAUUCAAAUGUUACAAUGUGGAACAUGAUGUGGUGUAGCAGCAUUUUACAAAAACAGGAUAUAUAAAGUGUUUCGAGAUUUUUUUAUUUAUAUAUGUUAUUUUACUUUUUCAGUUUGUAAGACUUGUAUUGUCCAACAUUUUGAAGAAAGCAACGAUUGCCCCAAAUGUGGAAACCAAGUGCAUGAAACAAAUCCAUUAGAAAUGCUUAGGUAAGACCUGAAAUGCAACUUUUGGCACAACAAUGUUGUACAAUGUUAGUUACGAAAGCUUCAGAAUAGUGUGGAUGGACUUCAUUCAGGUAUCUCUUAUUUUUUGAAAUGCUGACCUUUCAAAAGCUGAUACUCUGAUUUGAAGAUUAGAAACCGGAUGAGCAAACAAUAAAUUAAAGCACCAUAGUAUAUGUUGUGUUUUUGUACAUUGUGCUAGCCAAAUUGUCAGCAGAUAUAUAGAAGGAAUGGUAUUUAUGAACUAUUUUAACCUUCUUAGAAACAUAUAAUGUGACGGCAGAUAAGAACCAUUUGGCCCAUCUAGUCUAGCCAACUUUCUAAAUACUUUCAUUAGUCCCUGGCCUUAUCGUAUAGCUAGGAUAGCCUUAUGCCUAUCCUGCGCAUGCUUAAACUCCUUCACUGUGUUAACCUCUACCACUUCAGGUGGAAGGCUAUUCCAUGCAUCCACUACCCUCUCAGUAAAGUAAUACUUUGAAUAUAUAAACAUAUCGUAACACAGUAAUCUUCUAGUGCAUAGAUGACCAUAAAGGCAAACUUAAAAACUAAAAUUUUGUAAAUUUGCACAAUUUUUAUUUUUCACUUAUUCAUUCAGCAUUCAAAAUGUUUGGGAAAUUAAAAGUUUUAGACAGUAUAUAGUGUCUUUCAUCUUGCAAUAUUUCACACAGGGUUUGAAAUGUUUGUAUAAAAGAAUAUAACAAAACAUUUUUUUCUUGCAGAAGCUGUGGCAAAAACAAACCGAUAAAUAAAAAUGUUUAAAUGCGUUGCUUAUAGGUAUUUGCAAUUACCCUGAAGCUAUUCCUAGCAGCACAGCUACCGGAAAAUUUCAACAGAAUGUAAAACAAAUCUCUGCAUUUGAACAUAAUGCCCACAUACACAAUAAAUACAUUGAAAGUAUAUAUUUCUAAAAUAAAUGUUUUUAACACUUCUAGUUCAAACUUUAUCAGUCUUUGGCAUUCUAAUGCAAUGCUAAUCGUGAAAUGGUAGAGUACAAUCACUCCUCCCCGCUCCCUGACUGGAAUUAUAUGACCUGUUGAAACUUUCUUUACUGUUAGGAAGCAGGGGGUGAGCAAAUUGUUCAGCUCCAUUGCUGGCAUUAAAUCUGUGAAAAGUGGCUUCUGGUAGAGAAAUGCAUUCCUGUAAUGGCUGGUGAUCAUUACUAGAGUAUAAAUAAGGGUGAGUUAGGCAUUAUGGACUAAAUAUAAUUCUAAAAACCACAUGGAAGUAAAAACAUUUAUUAGGUCAAAAGCAUAUCAUGUAGCGAGGAAAAAUAUAUGCUCAAAACGUGUAAUAAAGUAUAAUCUCAAAUACCUUUUAUUUCCUUCACUUAAAAAUCUUGGCUGAGACUGUCAACUGGGAGCAAUAGCACAACCAUGAUUGCGCUUAUGCAUUUUGUACCUCAAGGGCAAUUAAUCAAUAAAAAGAUUUAACUCUAUUUUGGAAGUCAAGUGGUUAAAGUAUGUAAUGUACCACACUGCUCAUGAAUACUUGAUUUGCCAAACAUACACUAUUUUCCAGAUAUGUCUAACUUGUUGUGAGUGCCAAAUUUAAUGAACAUUGGAGUUUAUUUUGUAUAUCUAAUAUUUAUUUAAUUCCUUUAUUUGAAGAUUGGACAAUACUCUAGAAGAAAUUAUAUUUAAAUUGGUGCCGGGACUAAGAGAAGGUAUGCUUUGUUGUUACUAUCUUUUUAAUUUGGUUAUUUGAGUCAUUUAUUUUUUGUCAUGUGUUUGGGUUUUUUUUUGUGUGUUGUAACCAACAUUUCAAUUUGUAUUUCAUUAGGGGAGCAGAAUCGAGAGUUAGAAUUUUGGAAGAGAAAACGACCACAAGAGAAUGGAGGUGGUAAUUUACUUUUUAUUUGAUUUCAUUUUGUUCCAUUUUUGUUUAAUUUGUACCACACAUUAAAGGUUUGACUGUUUGCAUAAUUCCUGCCAUCUAGUCCCAGUGUCCAGUCACAAAUUAACUUGACUACAUUAAAACCACUGACCGUGAAUAUAUUAGGCAGCAAGUGGACAGUCAGUUUGUGAAUUUCAUGUGUGUGUAGCAGUAAACAUAUGCAAGCGAAAAGAUCUGAGUGACUUUGACAAAAGCAAAUUGGUGAUGGCUAGACCACUGGGUCAGACCAUCUCCAAAACGGCAAGUCUUCUUGGGUGUUCCCAGUAUUUAGUGGUUAGUACGAACCAAAAGUGGUGCAAGGAAGGACAACUGGUAAACUGAUGCCGGGGUCAUGGGUACCCAAGGCACAUUAUUGCACGUGGGGAGCGAAGGAUAGUCCAUCUAGUCCAGUCCCACAGAAGAGCUACUGUAACUCAGUUUGCUGAAAAACUUAAUGCUGGCCAUGAUAAAGAUGUCAGAACAUAGAGUGCCUCGCAGUUUGCUGCUUAGGCACGGAUCGGUAGGAUGCAGAAGAAGAUGAAGGCAGCCUGACAGAGUUAUGCUUUUGGCAAUGUUCUGCUGGGAAAUCUUGGGUCCUGGCAUUCAUGUGCAUGUUACUUUUAUACAUAUCACCUAUGCACAUAUUAAAGCUUACCCUUAGGAAACCAUUGAAUCAAUGCUUUCUUAAUUUGAAGAAUUCCAUAUCCUCAUGCAAAGUGUGAGGACAUUCCAACGUCGUUUCACGCAGUAAAACUCAUUAGGACCCAGGAAGCUCCUCUAGAGGCUGUCUGAAAGACAUCCACUAGAGCUGAAGUUAGCACUGAAAUGUAAUCAUUGCAGUUUCUCACAUUGCAGGGUUAAACAGACAGGGGCACUUUCAGUGAGAUGAAGUGAGAAGUGGUGUAGAGCCUAUAGUGUUCUUUUUUUAGUCUGUGUCAAUGCUGUUUGUUUGAAAAGUUCAAAAGAAGACUUCAGUCUCUUAAAACGCUGCAGCUUGCUAAACUUCUUCAGUGGUUAACUAAAGAUAUACUUUGUCUUAUUUUAUAAAAGUUCAGAUUUAAAGAGAAAUUGGCUCUUUUACAAACUGCACAGUCAUGGCUAUCAAUCAGACAACAGGGAGGGUCUUCUCACUCACUUUGAACUAUGAUUCAAAGUGAAAGGCAGUUGGCUGAAAUGUUAACUGCCGUGUGUGCACUGUGGGUCUCCAAUAUGUCUCUCUGAAAAGCACUUGAUUGGAUCAGAUGUCAUCUAUUGUAGUGAUCUCCGCCAUGACAGGUUGACCUGCACCAAGGAGGCUGUCUUGGUGAUGGGGGAGGGGAAACGUUUAGUUUAUUUGGGACACCCAUGUUAAAAAAUAAAUAUUUUUUUAAUUAUGGAGUUUUCCUUUAAGUUCUUUGAAAGAAAUUAGGGCUUAGAUCUUUAUAAAACCUACAUUGCUUUCAGCCAUCAGCAUAGUUAUCUUCUGCUAGCAAUAUUCUGAUAAACUUUUAAUGCAAUUUGAAAAAUAUUUACAGAUGGAAAUCCGAAGGAAAAGAGGUGCAAAGAAGAUGAAGAGGAUAAUGAUGAGGAUAAAGACUAUCACAGAAGUGAUCCACAAAUUGCAAUCUGCCUUGAUUGCUUACGUAAUAAUGGCCAGUCUGGGGAUAACGUAGUUAAGGUAAGAAAACCCUUGUUUUCUUUUUUGGUGAGUUACUUAUAUAUUGCCAUAGGUUAAAAUAAUGAAUCUGCAAAAAUUAUUGCCUUGUGCACUGUGAUCCUUGUCCAGACUCAAGAUCCUAUGUGUGAUAUGUAUAUUGCUAGUUUUAGUGAACAAUGUAGUUUCCUUUCUUCUUUCACUGGAAGUUUUAAACUGCGUUUCAUCACCAUGGUAUGCAAUUCUGUAAAACAGGGGUGCACAAAAUGUAGAUCCUGAGAUGUUUUAAAACCACAGCUUGAAUAAUGCUUUGUCAUUCUAAAGCAGGGGUGUCAGGCAUGGUUGCUGUCUGCGGUGCCUGGUGGCAGGGAGCACUUUGCAUUCUGUGUUCCUCCUAGACAGCUUCCUGUGCGCCCUGCAGUGAGUCAGCCGCUGGGAUAUGAUCUCAUCCCGGCAUCGGUAUCACUGCUGUAUCUGUGAUUAUAUGUGUGUAUAGGUAUGUAUGUGUGGGCCUUUUGUGUGUGUGUGUGUGUGUGUGUGUGUGUGUGUGUGUAUGUAUGUAUGUAUGUAUGUAUAUAAAAAUGUGAUUCUUUGUUAAACUAAUUUGCAUAUGCCCACCCAGAAUCCUUUGCGGUUGUAACAUCACUGCUGAUUUGGGAUUUCUGUGGGAAAAGCAAGUCUUAUGGCUUGACUGGUGUGCAGAUUUUUGUUUAGCAUUGUAUUAACUAUCCACAUACUUCAGGUGGAAGGGGUUUUCAAUCACAAUUUUUCCCCACCAUAACCUAUUUAGAUUUUGCUUCCCAAGCACUACCAAGCCUCAAUUAGCAAACCAGUAACCAACCUCAUGCUGAAGAGUUGCAUUAACAACGAAACAGCUGUCCAUGAGUGGUUCACUGGUUUUGCAUCUUAUCCUAAAUUGUGUUCCAAGCAGUUGUAUACUGCAAACACAAAUUAAAAGGAAUCCAUGUUUAAAAUGGAAUGAGGCAAAAAUGUGAUUCUUUGUUAAACUAAUUUGCAUAUGCCCACCCAGAAUCCUUUGCGGUUGUAACAUCACUGCUGAUUUGGGAUUUCUGUGGGAAAAGCAAGUCUUAUGGCUUGACUGGUGUGCAGAUUUUUGUUUAGCAUUGUAUUAACUAUAUAUAUAUAUAUAUUUGGGUUUUUGUGUUUUAUAGGUCUGUGAUUGUGUGUAUGUAUAUGAUUGUGUUUAUGGGUCAGUGAUUAUGUGUGUACAUCUGUGAUUUUGUGUAUAGGUCUGUGAUGGUGCGUAUAGGUCUGUGCUUGUUUGUGUGGGGGUCUGUGAUUGUGUGUAUAGGUCUGGGAUUGUGUGUGUGUGUGUGUAUAUGUGUGGUUAUAUGUGCAUAUGUAUAUACAUGUAUGUGAAAUAAUACAAACAGGUAUGUCUACAGAAGUGAUAAAAUUGCUCUCAACACCAGUGAGGUAUCCCCUACACCUUCACAUAAAAUGACAUAUAAUACACAAAAAGUAGGUGGAGCAAGUGACAAUAAUAAUAAAAUGUACUUCCCUCUCUUCUACCUUUCUUGCUGUAAAAGAUAGAGAGGUACAAGAUAGUGCAGAUAUUUCUUAUACACAAUAUAUAUAGAAAAAAACAAAUCUUAUGCACUCACAAUGGAAGAGCCAUAGAUUAGAACCUGGCUCUGGUGUGAAUCUCCUCUGGGAUCUUAAUAGGGUGAUCCCCAAACCUCUUUGAUGAUACUUGUUAGAGUAUAGCUUCUUUUUCCUUUUUCUUUCAAUACCAGGCAAUGGAGAUAGAGUAUAUUCCAGGGAAAAAAUAUUUAUUUGCUUAAGCACUUUUAUGAUAUUACUUGCAGCAUUUUUAAUAACACUGUUUAUAAUCUUGGGAACUGACACAUAUAUUAUACAUAACAUUGGAACGCAUAUGCGUUCCAAGAAUGUUUGAACCAAGAGGAUGCCUCCUCACAUACAGCUCGAUCAAACCGGAGAUGAUGUAAUUCCGCCGGAAAUAGGAAGAUUUCGAUGCGUUCCAUCAAACGCUUUGCAUUUUCGGCGAAACCGGAAGUGACGGAGACAUUCCGGAAACCGGAAGGAGGCGGUGGAACGCAUAGAUGCGUUCCACUGGAAGAAAAUUACCCGCGAUUUUUAAAUAUUUAAGAACUUAGAGAACAUUACCACCUUAUGCCAACUGAGGAAGCCACAUACCGGCGAAACGCGUUUUGGCAAGUUUACUGGACACUGGGAGGUCUUACCCUUUAUAUUUAUAUCAUUUAUAUUGAUUUUAUAAUUUUUUGCAAAUAAAUAUUUUUUCCCUGGAAUAUACUCUAUCUCCAUUGCCUGGUAUUGAAAGAAAAAGGAAAAAGAAGCUAUACUCUAACAAGUAUCAUCAAAGAGGUUUGGGGAUCACCCUAUUAAGAUCCCAGAGGAGAUUCACACCAGAGCCAGGUUCUAAUCUAUGGCUCUUCCAUUGUGAGUGCAUAAGAUUUGUUUUUUUUUCUAUAUAUAUUGUGUAUAAGAAAUAUCUGCACUAUCUUGUACCUCUCUAUCUUUUACAGCAAGAAAGGUAGAAGAGAGGGAAGUACAUUUUAUUAUUAUUGUCACUUGCUCCACCUACUUUUUGUGUAUUAUAUACAUGUAUGUGUUUAGGAGAUAGCUCCCUAAGUUGGCAAUCUCACAUAAGUAUAAACAAAUUCAAGAAAAAGGCUUUUGAAGUUUCAUUAUAUAAAUUAAUUAUAUUAUAGCUUUUAUACAGGAGAAAGAUCUCUGGGCUGUCAUCUACUGGCUCGGCUCGACUCGACGCGUUUCAUCCCGCAGUGUUCGGGACUUCCUCAGGAGCUGGGAGUGGAUUGUAGGUCCUUCUGUGUUCCUUUUAAAUCUUUCAAUCUUCGCGCCCAAUUCGGUCCAUGCGCAUGCGCGCAAAGGCAUCGUCUUCCAACUCGCCUGGUGCACUGGCGCACACUUGUACGUCAUACAAUUCGGACGUUACGGAAGUGCCUCGCGUACAUGCGCCCCCACCUUGGAACGCAAAACAGAGUAACAUAUGCUUCCACAUCUGUGGAGGUUACAUGUAGUGGUUAGUCUGUUACAUCUGAUGCCUAACAAAAAAGCCUUGGUUCAUACGACAAAAAAGUAUUUUAUAUAUUAAAAAGUAUAAUGCAUAAAAAUAUUAUGUUUAAAGUUAAUGUCACUAACUGACAAGGAUGUUAAAAAAAUACAUAUAAAAAGAAAAGAGAAUGUGUUGUAUGGGGAUAUAUAUUUUGUGGUAUCCCUUACAAUCUAAGAACAUGUAAAUAAAGUUACACAUGGAUAUGAAAAAAUAUAUGAGAAAAGAUACAUAUCCCCUAUGGAACUAGGGAUCUCAAGAAAGUAGUUGGUAAACUGCAUAUGGUCAUAUAACAUACUCAAGAUAGGAUCUAUCAAAUAAUAAAGCACAAGUUUAAAAUAAUAAUAAUAAAAUAAAUUAAAAAAAGAUAAUACUACCCUUUACAUCUAGCCACAGAUAUACAUCACAUAAUACAGGAAUUUUCAAUAUGAGUAGUAAUGGGCUGUGAUACCUGUACAAACUUAUAUUAAACAAAAGAAGAAGACAUCCUAUGUUAGUAGUCACAUAUGAUAACAUUUGAAUGAUUUCAAAUACAUUGAUGUAUAUUAAUUCCAGUCUGUCUUAUGUGAAAAAGUAAGCAUACAUAAAAAUAAAACGAAAUAAGAUGAGAUAGGGAAAGACUAUCGAAUACUUCCAUGUUCACGUAAAUGCUAGAAUGUCUAGAUCGGUGUUCAGGCCAUAUGGAAUGGAAGAUUUUAAUUUAUAAAUCCAUUCGGUCUCUUUUUUGGCUAAUGUAGUUGUGGUGUCACCUCCUCUCCAAUGUGGAGUUACUAUAGCAAUGCCUAUACACUUAAAAUCUUUUAAAUCAAAUUUGGAACAUUUAUUACAGUGCCGAGGGACACUAUGUUUAUCAUUUUGUUUCCUGAUCCCAUUAAAGUGUUCCAGCAACCGUAUGUGAAGUUUUCGAAUUGUGCAACCCACAUAUUGUAUACCGCAAGGACACUCUAGCAGGUAUACUACAUACGGACUCUUGCAUGUUAUGAAAUGUUUAAUCUCAAAAAAAUCUCACCUGUGACAAAGCUUUUAAAGUUUGUACCUUUCUUGGUAUUUACAAGUACUGCAAUUAUUGCAACGAAAAAAACCUUUAGGUAACUUCCCCUACAACUACAUUAGCCAAAAAAGAGACCGAAUGGAUUUAUAAAUUAAAAUCUUCCAUUCCAUAUGGCCUGAACACCGAUCUAGACAUUCUAGCAUUUAUGUGAACAUGGAAGUAUUCGAUAGUCUUGCCCUAUCUCAUCUUAUUUUAUUUCGUUUUAUUUGUAUGUAUGCUUACUUUUUCACAUAAGACAGACUGGAAUUAAUAUAUAUCGAUGUAUUUGAAAUCAUUCAAAUGUUAUCAUAUGUGACUCUACUAACAUAUGAUGUCUUCUUCUUUUGUUUUUGUCUUUUGUUUAAUAUAAGUUUGUACAGGUUUCACAGCCCAUUACUACUCAUACUGAAAAUUCCUGUUAUGUGAUGUAUAUCUGUGGCUAGAUGCAAAGGGUAGUAUUAUCGUUUUCUUUUAUUAUGUACACUUGUGCUUUAUAUUGAUAGAUCCUAUCUUGAGUAUGUUAUAUGACCAUAUGCAGUUUACCAACUACUUUCUUGAGAUCCCUAGUUCCAUAGGGGAUAUGAAUCUUUUUUCAUAUCCAUGUGUAACUUUAUUUACAUGUACUUAUGCUUAGAUUGUAAGGGGUACCAUGCGCGCGAGGCACUUCCGGAACGUCCGAAUUGUAUGACGUACAAUUGUGCACCAGGGCGAGUUGGAAGACAAUGCCUUUGCGCGCAUGCGCAUGGACCUAAUUGGGCGCGAAGAUUGAAAGAUUUAAAAGGAACACAGAAGGACCUACAAUCCACUCCCAGCUCCUGAGGAAGUCCCGAACAAUGUGGGACGAAACGCGUCAAGCCGAGCCAGUAGAUGACAGCCCAGAGACCUGAUUACCGCCACGAGAUUAUUUAAGUACAAGUAUCCCCUAGCCCCUAGGAGUCGCGACCAAGGGCAUAUAUAUAUUUUUUAUUUAUUUUUUUUAUAUGUAUUUUAUUUUAUGUAAGAAUACAUUUUGUUACUUUUAUAGUCACAUUUGACUAUUUUGAGGUCACUAUUCUCGAUCUCCUAGCGCCCUCAGUGGGUGUAUUAUUUGGGCUUGCCCUGAUAUUCCACCUUUCUCCUGUAUAUUGUUAUUUCUUAGGCUUCCUAUGGAAUGUGCCUAAUGAGAGGCUGCUGUGUUUUUCGAGAUCCUAGUAUCUGUUUCUAGUCUUACUAUAUGCGUUCUUAUAUUAUAGCUUUUAUGUGUGGCCCAAGACAAUUCCUCGCUCAGUGCGGCCCAGGGAUGCCCAAAGGUUGGACAACCAUGUUCUAAAGGCACACAAAGCAUUAUGGAAGUUGUAGUUCUACAACAUAUGGGUAUCUACCUUUUGGGCACCCCUUCAGUAAAACAUAAUCCAAUUUAACAAAACCAAAUACUCUAUUCCAAGGUUCCCAAACCGUGGUACGAGUACCCCCAGGGGUACAAUCCAAUGCUCCUGGAGGUACGCGACAAAAAAAUGGUAAUGGCGGCGGUGCACCCACAUCGCAUGGGCUGGGAACUACAAGGUGAGUGGGCAUAUUCGGUGGCCCAUGCACUUAAGGCCACUCGAUGGGCAUGUGCCAUGAGGAGCCCAGUAGUGCGCUGUUGCAGGGGCGUACCUAGAGCAUUUGGCACCCGGGGCGGAUCCUGUGCUUGGCACCCCCCCCCACCCAAAAAAAAAAAACCUGUAAAAAAUGUUAAAGGUUUUAUUUCUUUUAUUUUUACAAUUUGUAAACUUUGCAAAACCGCUGUCAGCCCCUCCUACAAAACCCUUGUCCUGCCCUGCCCCUCCUACAAAACCUCUGUCCUGCCCCUUCUACAAAUCCUGUACUGCCCCAUCUACAAAACCCCCGCAAGCCCCCUUCCACAAAUCCCCUGCUUAUCCCCCCUUAUAAAGACUCCUGUCCCAAUACAAAACCCCCACCCCCUUCUACAAAAUCCCUGCAGCCCCACACACACAUUUACAGGCAGACAGUCACACACUCAGUUACAGACACAGUCACACACUCAGUUACAGACACAGUCACACACUCAGUUACAGACACAGUCACACACUCAGUUACAGACAGACAGUCACACACUCAGUUACAGGCAGACAGUCACACAUACACAUUUCCUCCGUGCGGCCAGUUUAUCAGCUGUUUGCUUGAGUGAGCUGUACUGGCCGCACGGCACCCCAACUACCAUGGGACACUGUGCGGCCACAGCUCACACAGCCCCCUCCAGCCAGGGCCGGUACAAGGAUUUUUGCCGCCCUAGGCAAAAGUAAAGUUUGCCGCCCCCCAUGUGACAUCACAAUGCCCCAACCAUAUGAUUUGCCAUGUUAACUAGCGCCAGUGCUGCAGUGCCGCCGUGUUUACAUUAAAAGGCCUGCAGGGACAGGCUAUAGACACCAGAACCACUACAUUAAGCUGAAGUGGUUCUGGGGACUAUAGUGUUUCUUUAAUGUGAGGUAAAUUAGAGCUUAGUACCACGAAUAAUAUACUAGAUUGCCUACUUACAACCAGAUGAGGAUGAUGAUGGGCUCCAGCUGCAGUCUGGCUCCACUGGUCUGGUGCAGAACAGGCUCUCUGGAGGCGGUUUGUAACUGUGGUCACAAAAAUCAAUGUUCUGGAGAACGGGAAGCAGCUCCAUUUUUUGGGGGUCCUUUACACAGCUCAAGGUCUGGGUCCCAGGGUCCACCUUCAUGUUCCACCAAUGAGUUUGUUCACAGGGGGUGGAGUGUGUAGGGGAUGUCCUGAUAUGUGUGUAAGGAAUGCAUUGUGAGAAAUUGUGUUUGUAUGUGUAAGGACUGCAAGGUGUGUUUCUGUGUAUGUAUGGGAUGCAUUGAAUGUGUGUAAGGGGUGCAUUGAGUGUGUGUAAUGAAUGCAUUGUGUGUUUCUGUGUGUGUAAGGGAUGCAUUGUGUGUAACGGUUGCAUUGCUUGUGUAUGUGUGUCUGUGUGUUUUUCUGUGUGCAAAGGGUGCAUUGUGUGUAUGUGAUGAAUGUCAAUCUCUCGUCCCGCUCCAAUUUCCUUCUCCUCCUCCCAAUUUCUCUUUCUCACCCACCCCCCCUUUUCUCUUUCUCACCCACCCCCUUAUUUCUCUCACCCCCCCCUUUUCUCUUUCUCACCCACCCCCUUAUUUCUCUCACCCCCCCUUAUUUCUCUUUCUCACCCCCCCUUAUUUAUCUUUCUCAUCCCCCCUUAUUUCUCUCUUCCCCCCUCCUUAUUUCUCUCUCACCCCUUAUUUCACCCCCCUCCUUUUCUCUCACCCCCCCUUUCUUUUCUCACCCCCCUUAUUUCUCUUUCUCACCCCCCCUCCUAUUUUCUCUCACACACCUUAUUUCUCUCUCACCCCCUUAUUUCUCUCUCACCCCCUUAUUUCUCUUUCUCACCCCUCCCUUGUUCUCUUUCUCACCCCCUAUUUUCUCUCACCCCUUACUAUUUCUCUCUCACCCCCCUAUAUUUCUCUCUCUUCCCUUAUUUCUCUCCCCCCCCCUUGUUUCUCACCCCUUAUUUCUCUCUCACCCCUUAUUUCUCUUUCUCACCCCCACUUUCUAUAUUUCUUUUCUCACCCCCUCUUUUUCUCCCUCUCUAUUUCUUUUCUCACCCUCUCUCCCUUGCCCCCAUUUCUUUUCUCACCCCUCUCUCACCCCCCCUUAUUUCUUUCUCACCCCUCUCUCACCCUUCUUUCUCCCCCUCCCCCCUACCUCCCUGUAGCGUGGCCGAUCCCAGUAUAGCCGGCGGGUACAGGGAGCUUUUGUUUCCUGUACCCGGCCGGACUAACAGGAAGUGCACACUGAGUGUGCACUUCCUGUUAGUCCGGCGGGUACAGGAGACAGCUGCUCUCUGUACCCGUCGGACCAUGCUGCAGUGAGGGAGCUGACAGGAGCGCUCCCUCCUGUCAGCCUCUCCUCAGGCUGCGCCCGGGCAAAGCUGCAGCCGCCUGAGGCUCUCUACAGAGCGCUCGGGCGGCUGCAGCAUGGGCGGGGGGCUGGCCAUGGCACCCCCCACCCGGCUGGCACCCGGGGCGGACCGCACCCCCCGCCCCCCCCUUAGUACGCCACUGCGCUGUUGUGCUUUAACAGCACUACCAGGCCCCUUAUAACCUGCUAGGAGUGUUGAGAAGAAGUGAGAGAGAGACGGUCACCUCUUCCCACCUGUAACAUACUAAGCCACGUAGGGGAGCGGACUGGGAUAGGAGAUAUCUCUUAACUCCCAACAGCCCCAGCCAGCAGAAGCCAUUCAAAAGGUAUGUGUUUUGGGUGUCAAUAUGUAUGUUUGUAGUAUCUGUAUCUGUGUAUAUGUCAGUAUGUAUCUGUAUGUCUGUGUUCGUGUGUGUAUCUGUGUAUGUCUAUCUGUAUGUCUCAGUAUGUGUGUCUGUGCAUCUGCAUGUGUGGCAGUAUGUGUAUCACUGUGUCAGUGUUUGCAUUUGUGUGUCUACAUGCGUAUGAGUGUUUGUAUCUGUUUGUCUCUAUAUAUUCAUGUGUCAGUGUGUGUAUCUGUGUGUGUGUACACAUGCAUGUAUCUGUGAGUGUGUCAUUGUUUUGUAUCUGUGUGUCAGGUUUUGCAUCAGGUCAGACAAGAAUCAUUAGCUGGAAGGGAAGAAACUCUGCAAGCUAAACCACUAGUAAAAGAGGUUUCUACAGAUAUCAAUCCCUUUAAUAUGGCGUUUAAGUUCUUUAUUUUGAACUUUAGACAUUAUUUGACAAGAAAAUAAUGAGUAGCAGAACUUAAGGGAAAAGGAGACAAUACAGACGAAAGGAGAAAAUAGAAAUUUAGGUUCAGGCAAUAUGCCCUAAGCAGGUUAUCCGGAUACAGGUUGUAAGCGAUAAAUAGAAGUGUAACCAAUAAACAAAAUUAUUGGGGAGUAUGAAGGAGAACCUAUAAACGAAAUUGUAGUUGAGUAUGAAGGAGAAGAGAAGGAAAACCUAUAAUAGAAAUUAUAGGUUACAUGACAAUUAUAUACAACUAAACUGAACUAAACAACAAUAUAAGUUUAACGCUUAGAUGAUCAGUCUCUUUGGUUUUGAUGGUUGUACAGCGGGGUUUUUCAAUAAUAAAUCAAAGUCCAGUAUUUGAAUAAAGUUGGUAGGAUCAGGAUAUCCAGGUUGGUUAAAUAGUUACCGGUAAUUUAUAGGAAUGAAGCAAUAGUGAAACAAAGUCCAGUAUUGAUUAAAGCUGGUAGGAAAAGACGAUCAGGAUCUCCAGGUUGGUUACGCAGUGUUAAGUAAGUGAGGCAAGUUGAAAAGGAUGAAUUAGGAAGGUUCAGAUAGUAUUAGGAUUUCAGAGUAGGAGCCAGGAUAAGAAGUAUUGUCCACUUCAGGGCACAAACUUUAAUCAGUGUAAAGGCACCCUUUGAACUCAGGUGUUGCCUCUUAUAGCAUGUUUGGAUGAUCAUGCUAUUCAGGUGAGAGUGUUUUUGAUUAGACUAGUGGUUAGUGAGGCCACUAGUGGAGGAAAACAGGAAUUGCUGCUGGAACUAAUUGAGUGAAAGGAAAAAGUUUUGAAUGAAUAGGAAACUGUCUGUACAUCUAUAUGUGUGUCAGUGUGUGUACCAGUGUGUCUGUGCAACUGUGUGUGUGUACCAGUGUGUCUGUGCAACUGUAUGUGUGUUGGUGUUUGUAUCUGUGUAUCAGUGUUUGUUUUUGUCAGUGUUUGUAUCGGUGUCUUUGUGUGAUUUUUGUGUGUCUCUAUCAGAAUGUCAGUGUUUGUGUCUGUGUGUCUAUGCAUCGGCAUGAGUGUCAGUGUCUGUAUUUGUAUGUGUGUCAGAUUGUAUCUGUGUAUCAGUGUGUUUCUAUGUAUCCACGUGUGUGUGUGUGUGUGUAUACCUGCACUGUGAAAAGCAGGGGGAGCCUGGGUCAGAGGAGAAGCAGAGUUUCCUGGAGCAGAGAAGAAGGGGAAACCGGGAAAAGAAACACCUAUACAUUUGAAGUAACAGCAACUACAAUAAUUACAAAUUUGUUGCUAAUAUGAUGGUACAAUUUUUGAAAUUGGGCUGUCAAGUGGUACUCAAGUGAAAAAAGGUUUGAAAUCACUGCUCUAUUUUAGCAUAUUCUUACAUGAACAUUCGUAUAAAACUGUUGUAACAUCUGAGAGGUUUCUAGGUUUUUACAAUUGUUUGGUUCCUUUGUUCCAUUAGGUAAUAAACAAAAUUUAAAUGCAAACAUUUAAAUUUUAUGUCUAAUUCAAAGACAUGUACUAUGUAGUUCAGAUUUCUUUUGUGCCAUGAUAUAGAUGUAAAGAGAACAACAAUGUAACAAAGUGAGCUAAGAAAUCUAUAUAGAUUUAUUUUCCAAGUUAUAUAUCUAUGUGAUUGGCAUUUAGGUAUAAAUGUGUAUAUAUAUGGUUGGCACAUUGAGUUGGUUUUUACUGUGGAGAAGGCAGAAGCAAUUUUUACGUUUUUAUCUAUUGCUUAUUAUCUGCUCCUCUUUGCUGGUUCUGCCUUGCCUAUCCCUUCAAUUUUCAUUCUAAACUAUUUAUUUUACAUAGUAUCCUAUAGUAUAUGUUCACUGCUUGGCAUAUUUCACUGACUCCUUAAAUAGAUACUCCAAGAUCCUUAAAGAACCAGUUUGGAGGCCAUAGCAACCUCAUAGAAAUGAAAUUGUUAUGGUGCCAGGAGGUCCAUGAUGCUGGUUUACCUUUGGAGUUAAACCGUUCUCAAAGGGUUUAACUCCAAAGACUAUGAGCCAGUGCUGUAUCCCCCUGCCUCUCUGUCCUUCUGUUUUCUCAACAUCUUUAAACCAGAAAGCUUUCGCAGAAUCGGGCAGUGGCACAGCUGAUUGAGAGCGGUCAGCUUAUGCUCUUAGCUGAUUAGUGACUCCUCGUUCAUAAAACUGGCUUGAAAAAGUUACUUUUCAAGUCAGGUUUUUGAAUGGGGAGUCAUCGAUUGGCUAAGAGAGUCAGCUUAUUGGUCUGUCAACAUGUAAACAGGCGAAAUCUAAAUGUUCCCUUCCUGGUUUAAAAUUGUGAUGUUAUUACUUUGUACUGCCAGCUACAACUUUAGUUUUGGAUCAACAAGCUAAUAUUUCUAUUCAUAAAUAGGACUAUACAUAGGAUACAAGGUCACGCUUUUAGACUGGAAGAAAGGAGAUUUAGUCUAAGGCAAAGGAAAGUGUGUUUGUUUUGUUUUUACAGUAAGAACAAUAAGGAUGUGGAAUGCUCUGCUUGAAGAGGGGUUUUUUUUGUUUGUUUUUUAUCAAAGUCUAUACAGAUGUUUAAACCGCUAGUGGAUAAAUAUUUGAAAAAACAUAAUAUUCAUGGAUAUCAUUUAUAAUUAGUGAGGUAAUAGCUUUUUGAUCCAUGGAUAUAUUUUUUCAUAGUUACAUAGCUGAAAAGAGACUUGUGUCCAUUAAGUUCAGCCUAUCUCAUAUGGUUUUGCUGUUGAUCCAAAAGAAGGCAAAAAACCUGGUCUGAAGCACUUCCAAUUUUGCAACAAACUAGGAAAAAAUUAUUUCUUGACCCAAAAAUAGCAGUCAGAUGUCUCCUUGGAUCAAGCAGCUAUUACCCUACUAAUUAGAAAUCAAAUCCCUGUAUGUUAUGUUUUUGCAAGUAUUUAUCCAUUUAUUCAUCUGACUGCCAUUCUGCGUUUAAGAAGGAAUUUUGUCCUAGUUUGUUGCACAAUUGCAAGCGCUUCAGACUGUGUUUUUUGCCUUCCUUUGGAUCCAACAUUAAAAACAAAUGUGAGAAAGGCAGAACUUGAUGGAUGCAUGUCUCUUUUCAACUAUGUAACUAUGUAAUGUACAAAAUAAAGAUUCAUCUCAAAAACAGUAAUGCAGCGUUAAGACUGGAAUUAUUUGUGUCAGUUUAUAAUAUGGAAAGUUAAUGUAAAAUUAGAUAUAAAUGUAAUUUCUUUUUAUAAUUUAUUCACACAACCGUGAUUUGGGAGCAGUUGAUGGACUUUGGAACUUGUUGGUUUAUUUAGACUUUAUACUGUUGUAAUUUAUUGGAUACAAAAUGUUGGUGGGCAUUGUGAAUGAUUUAUCUCUUUGACCAGUUAAAUGAAAAAAUUGUGAUUUGUGUUUGGUAGCAUGUGAUUUACACUUUAACAACUGUGUUUUUAGGGUCUGAUGAAGAAAUUCAUCCGCUGUUCAACACGCGUAACUGUUGGGACUAUAAAAAAGUUUUUAAGCUUAAAAUUAAAACUUCCUAGUUCAUAUGAGGUAAGUACACUUUUAAAAUGUAGAUUAGUAGAUACAAUAAAAAAUACAAGAUGUCCACAGUGGUAAUGGUAAUGCGUUCUCAAAGCACUCCCGUGGGGGAUCCUCUUAACCCACACCUUAAACACGGCAGAAACAAACACAAAUUUAGGGUGGAGCACAAGUCUAAAUAGUAUAUAACAUACAUACAUAUUUUCGAUGUAUAUUUGAAUGAGGUAUAUGUUAAGGUAAAUGUUAAAGUUGAUGAAGGUUCUAGAAAAAUGGAAACAUAAGAGAAACCAAUAGUGCAGAUCAAUUUACAAUAAUAUAAGUAGAAAGGAGGUAACAGGAAAAACUCACAGAGAUGGAGCCAAAAGGAUGCACUUGGCUCUGGUGUUUAACGCUUGAGGAUCAUUGGGGGACAUCCAGCACACUCUUUUUGUAUAGAUGGUUUCAAAGAUUAAAUGAAACUUAACAUAUAAAAUGAAAACUAUUUAUUAAAUAAAAGAUUAUUAACAUACUGACCGUAAAAACAAAAGCAAAACCCAAUAGGGUAUAAAGUCUUCCAGUAAAAAGGGACCCAAGACGCGUUUUGCCAGUUCAGGCUUUUUUAAUUGGUAAAGUGCAUUGUAUUAGUUUGUGUGUUCUGAUUUUUAUUAAUAUUGAACCGUAUUAAGGUGACAUUUCUCACGAACUUAUUUAUAUCUAUUAACAAAAUACACAAAUUGGUGAUUACUGUGUAAAGUGCGCUUGCAAGUACAAUUGAGUGUAAAGGAGCAGCUACACACUCUAGUGGGUGCUCUCUUAUCCCCACCAAGUAUAGUAUUGAAUCAGAGUGAAUUUAGUACAAUCUAGAUGUAACAUCCAGACUAUACUAAUCAAGUGAGUGGAGCGCUAAAGAUAUACACUUACCCUAAAAUAGGGUUAGAUCUCAGAUGUGCAUUGGUACAUAUAAAGGAAACAAGAAAAUAAAACACAAUAUGGUGUAAAUCCACAAAUGAUGGUGUAUAUUAGUGAUGUUUUAAAUAGUCAAACUCACAUGGAUUAGAGCCUGCAAAACGGACAGGCUUAAAUCACUUGCACAGUAGUGUCGUAUGGAUACUGCACCCUUUUGCCUGGAAUCUGUUUCAUUUUUCUGAGCCAAUGAGAACCUGGCUCUGGAUGAUACGCUUGGGUGCCUCUUGAGAGCCUUUCAUCCAGAGCCAGCUUCUCAUUGGCUGAUAUUUCCUACUGGAAUUAGAGCGCUGGAAGCGAUCAUGAUCACUUCCAGCAGCUCUAAUAGUAUUGCAGCGAUGCCUUGAUGUUGAGGCAUCGCUGCAAUGCCCCCUCACUGCCGGUGGCCCCACGAAGAACACCGGGUGUUCGCUACCCCCGGCAGUGAGACAGAGCAUCAGAAGCCAUCAGGCAGGCUUCUGAUGCUCUGCCUGUACUGAGUGCCUCGCGGGGUCGAGGCACUCAGUAAAUAGAAUUAAAAAAAAAAAUAUAUAUAUAUAUAUAUAUAUAUAUAUUAGAGAAUUGCCGGAACUCCUGGAUUUAAGCAGCACAACGAUUUAUUGUCACAUGUCAGUCAACAUUUCAGUUCCUAGCUUGGAACUUUCAGGUUGACCAUGACUGUUGGUAGAAUUAGUGCAUGGAAAGUGUUAGAAUACCAGCAUUUGAAAUACCCUAGGGUGUCUUCUUUUAAAAAAUAUAUGGUUUGAUGGGGGUAAAUUACAUUGCUUAGCUUCAAAAAUGUCCCAAAUAGGACAUGGGUGCAUGAUGAACAGCUGAGAAAAUUCCAAGUUGGAAAACUGGAAUGCGCACCUUCCAAAUAAGGUCUUUUAGCCCCCAAAGAACCCGACACACCUAUACAUGGGGGAAUCACUGUACUCAGGAGAUGUUGCUGAACACAUAUUGGGGUGUUCUUUGUCAGUAACCCUUAAAGUUCUCCGUAUAUGUAUUCUUAAAUUGCUAUGUGUGUCAAAAAAAUCACCAAUUCUUUUUAUUUAUUUUUUUUAAAUUUGACAUAGAUUGGUGGUAAAAUUGUUGCAUAAAAAGAGUCAAGAUACCCCAAGUUUAAUACCUUAGGUUGUCUUCUUUUAAAAAAUAUAUACACGUGAAGGGUUAUUCAGGGAUUCCUGAGAGAUAUCAGUGUUGCAAUGGUUUGGAGAUGGCAAAGUGCUACUUGUACUUAUAGCCCUAUAACCUAUAACUGUCCAAAAAAAGCUAAGAACAUGUUAACAUUGGGCAUUUCUAAACUCAGGACAAAAUUUUGAAACUAUUUAGCACAGGUGUUUUUUGGCGGUUGUAGAUGCGUAACAGAUUUUGGGGGUCAAAGUUUGAAAAAGUGUGUUUUAAAAAAAUAUAUAUUUUCAUCAUAUUUUAUAAUUGUUUUUAUAGUAAAUUAUAUGAUGAAAAUAAUGGUAUCUUUAGAAAGACCGUUUAAUGGCGUGAAAAACUGUAUAUAAUAUGUAUGGGUACAGUAAAUGAGUAAGAAGAAAAUUACAGCUAAACACAAACACCGCAGAAAUAUAAAAAUAGCCCUGGUCCUUAACGGUAAGAAAAUUGAAAAACGGGGUUAAAAAGUCAUUGGCAACUGAUGCUUGUCCCUUUAAAUUAAGGUGAGUUGAAAAUAUGUUGCAAAUUGUCUGUCAGUUUUGUAAAUCCUUUUCAACUAUUUGCCAUUAUUAUAGUGUUCAAAUUUGAGGUGAACAGAAGCAAAGCUGUAACUGUGGCCUAAUAACAAGUUUAUGUUUGUGCCUUAUAGCCAUGAAUGUUUUAUUUUUCAGCUGGAUGUACUAUGCAAUGGUGAAAUCAUGGGAAAAGAUCAUACAAUGGAGUUUAUAUAUAUGACAAGAUGGAGACUGAGGGGUGAAAACGUAAUUAUAAUUUCUUAUUUUAUAUAUGUUUGCUGGAAUUUCAGAAUUUUAUUAAGAUUUUGGCAAAAUAGCUCAGUAAAAAAAAGCUUUAAUGGAAGACUGCACAUACCAUUAUAGUACCCUCUCAGAGUAAUUUAUCAAACUACUUAAGAGUUAUUUUAUUACAGCUGAAUAUGUUUUCAUUUAGCUAAUCUUUUAGAUAUUUAGAUAUAUUUGAAGCCAAUACGGGCUCUUGACUUUUAACCAUUAAAUCUGCAUGUUUAGUAGAACCUUCAUUACUUUUAAGUAUCCAUUUACUUUGCACAUUAUAAAAUAUUUCAAUUGUUAGUAGUUGUAAGGUUAUUUUUGUGUACAUUUAAAGAUACCCAUACAGCUGUGGAUGUCUGUUUCUAUUUACUUCACAGUUUCAGUAUCAGAACAGCACGACUUCCCUACACAUGUCUCUCACCGAAACUCAUCGAGAUGUAUCCGAUGCAUCUACAAACGUAUGUCCAUAAAACAAAUGUCUAAAACUUUGGUUUGUAUUCCAUGUGUAAUGAUUUGAUUGACAAUAAUAACAUUUAUGGUGCUUGUGUUUGAACAUAGAGGCUUGUAACCUGUGGUACAUGUAUCAUACGUUUCACUUGCAAUUAGGACCAGUAUGUGCCUCCUCUUUUAAUUUUAGAUGUUUAUAGCAUUUCACAGGAUGAAUAGCUUGUUUGUUAUAUUUGUUGAGCAAUAAAACUGGUUAGAAAAAAUAGCAUUUUGGAUUAGAAUAUUAAGAUGGAAAAUUGUUUAAAUCAGCACUUUGAGACGUGGAAACAAAAGGUUCACAUCUACAUUUUAGAUACAUGCACUAGGUUAUUUUUUAGUUCUAAUCAUGUCUGUGGCAUCAAUGUAGUAACAUCAUUAUUAUUAUUAUUAUUAUUAUUAUUAUUGUACUUCAGAUUCUUCUUUGGAUAGUUUGGAUGUAUUCUAAAGUGUUUGCUAUGGACAUUUAGUUACAAUGGUUUCCUAAGUGCUGCACAUUAAAAAUAAUGAAAUUCUUAAUUCUUGCCUAACUGAAGAGUAAAUGUGAAGAGUUCUCGGGACGAAACACUAAGUAAUAAAAUUGUCUUUGUUCCAAAAAUGGAUGCAACUAUCUUAAAAAUUGGUGUUAUGUUUGCAGAUGAUAUAGAAGUAGUCAAAGGAAGUUUCUCAAAUUGUUUGUUUUGUUUUUACUGUUUUCAGUCUUUUCCCAUGGUACUGCAAUAUCGUCCAAGAAUCGACUUUGGUUAACUAAUAUACCUGGGACACACUGAGAAUCCUGCACUGUUUGUUUACUCAUCGACAGAUUGCACAAUGAAUGGAUGUGCUGAAUCUAUGGACACAAAAGAUGCCAUUAAUAUUACAGCAUGCCAACAUUAAUGUGGUUUCUCUCCAAAUAUGUCAGCUGUAUAUUUGUUAAUAUUACUAAUGUAAUUGAAACAACCAAAUAUGUGCAUUUAUGUUAUUGUAAUGCCGCAGCUAGAUAUAUAAAAGCGGAGUCUACAAAACAUUUUGUAAUCAUACAGUUGUUGUAGUAACAGCACCAAUGUGUAUUGCCUUAGAAGACUAAUAGAAUUAUUCCUUUGUUUUCCCAUUUUAUAAACUGUAUUUUGUUAAAUGGUGAAAUAGAAAGCAAAUUGACUGUUCUGGCUUUAUUUUUGGGGGAACUAACAUGAACUAGAAAUAAGCAAAUUAUUUUUAAUGUCAUCUCUAUAAAUACCAAAUAUUUGUUAUAUGUAUAGGCCAUAAUAAUUUUUUUGUUAUACUACAUUGAAACUGGUUCUAUUUUUAUUUUUUCUUUCCGAGUAACCCAGUGUUUACUGUUUUGAAAAACAAUCCAAAAUUAAGGUACGUUACUUUUUUAAUAUUGUAAAUUCAGCUAUAAAAGCCUGGCCAAUUAGAAUAGUUUUUUUAGAUUUUAAUAUUUGUAUGUUUUAUUUCCGUUUUGUGUUUUUUGUUUUCUUUAUGUGUUUUUGUUUUUUUUGUGUUCUAUAUAUUCCUUAUCUUUUUUUUAAUGUUUUAUUGUAGUUUAGUAUUUACCAAAUAUUUUAUAAUUGGUUGUCUUCCUUGUUUUAAAUAAUACAGUAUAAAGUUAUUUUAAACUAUAACAAUGCUAUUUGUAAUGCAAAAAUUCAGGUUGCCCCAGAACAAUCAAAAGUUGCAUGUAAAAAUAUUGACCACAAAUUACUGCAACUUUUGAAGUGUGUAAAUACUCAUUUACAUAUCUCAGAGGAUAUUGCAUUGAUGAUGGAAAGGUAGUUAUAUUUUAAAUAGUAUAGCAAGCACACCCGGCAAACAAUGCCCAUACAGCUGCUCUGAUACACCAAAUGCGUACUAUACCUAUAGCUAGCAGAUGAUCAUAGCUGUAGAACUUUUGAUAGGUGGCAGAAAUUUGGUCGGCUAUUUGAGAACUGGUCUACUGAAAUUAAAUUGUGCUUCCUUGUUUAUUAUGCACAGUUAGCACAGAAGUGUGUUAUACAAUGAAUUGUUUCUUUUGUUUCAAAAAGUGGUUAGAUGUUCUCAAUUCUGUUUCUCUUAAGGAAAGAAAUUAAUUUACCAUAAACUAAUGCUGGGUCAUAUAUAUAUAUUUUUUUUUGAGGAGACCUAUAUAUUAACCAAAACAAACUGAAUAAAAAGGAAUAAUACUGUAGCCUUUAAACAAUUAAUCAGAAGAAACAAGAUGAUUUAUUGCACUAUUGUAUUUGAAGAAGGGACUUGAUGUCUGGAAUUAUAUUUUUAUAAUUUAUAUUUUAUGUUAAAAUCUAUUUUUACCUGGAAAAGGAUAUAUGUGGAAAUACUGCACGCUAAUUGGAUCCUUUCAAAAUCAAACUUUUGUAUUUGGAAAAUGCUGAGUUUAAACUAAUAUUUUUGUAAAAACAGUAAUUUUAUAAAGCCUAAUACAAAGUGUGUUAGUCACUCAUCUAUAAUACGCCAUAAUUUAAGUAUAUGUUGUUGAUGUUUAUAUGCCUGUCUUAUUUGAAAGUGAUAAAUAUAGACACAAAUAUACCACAAUGAAAAUAUUGUUUGUUUUUCUUAUGCUUAUAAAUAUGUUUUAAGUGUUUGUGUGUUUGUACAAAACAAACAUGGCAUUGAUUUUCU